UUCAGACCUGCCCGGGGAGCGGACCCACGUGGGGAAGGAGGAGGGGAAAUGCCAAACUCAGCCCAGGAAGCGCUUAAGCUAAACCGGCCUCUACCGGCAAAAAGAAAGUCUCCGUCUUCGCCACAGCGCCCUCUCCAUCGCCAGGCAACCCGUGGCUGGCUUGAAGGAAAUAGAAGAGCCGGCGCCCCUUCUUCCUGUGUGCAAACUUGUAGCUGCGAUUGCUCACCCUCCAAUUGCUCAGCUCCGAGGAAAGGAUUUCUCAGGUUUUUCUCCGAUUUCGAAUUGAACGGGCUCAGGAAGGUUGCGUUUUUGGAAUCGUUUGUGCGCCACGUGGCGUCAUUUGGGACUGAUAGCUCGAAGCAAGCCUAAGAUGCCGCUUAAAAUGGUGUGUGGAUUUCUUAGUCCAGCUCUCGUUGCAAGCAAGUGUCCCAUCUUGCAAUCUAAAGAGACCUUUUGUUGCUUUUAAAGGGCUCGGUCUUUUGACUAUGGUACUCUGGAGAGGAAAAAAAUCGCUGUGGCCUUGGGGGAGGGGAUUGCAAUCUACUUAGAAUUAAGUCCCAUUGGAUACCAUUGGGCCUACUCAGAGGUUGACGCAUACAGGGUUCCAGGCUUACAAUCAAAAAGGUUUAUUGCCUUAAGGCCAUAAUACCAAUUUCAAAAUAUCAUUGCGGGCUUACAAUGAAAUCCUGUACGUGUAUACUAGUACGUCUCCUUUGGAAAAUUGCAGAACGCACAAAAAAGUACACAUUUCCUACAAAGUGGUGCAAAACUUUUAUGGGACUUACUCCCAGGUGUAUAUGUGUAUAGGAUUGCAGCCUAAGCGUCCUUAGUGGGUAGCAGAGCCUUAAAUUCACAAACUGCGUAUUAUUAGUGAUGGCUGUUAAGCGAGAUGGGGGACUCGCGGCCCUCCAAGUAUUGCAGAGCUGCAGCUCCCAUCAUGUCCCUGACCAUCGGGCUGGUGGGAGUUGGAGUCGUCAGCGUUGGAGGCACACCCUGAUGCAGAGCCUCCGGGUAUGGAAGCAGCGUGCCUUCGACUACCAGAACUCAAGGACAAACGCUUUUAUGCUUCGGUUACGAGCUUCGGAAGUCGGGACCCAGGGGUAACUGGCUAGCUUCUGUUGGAGACAGAUAUACAUUUAAUUGCACCCUCUGAGACAUUCGUCGUGUAACUAAUGCGCGCAGGUAAACACAGAGAGGCGCUUUCUAUUCCCUCACUUGGAUUCCAGAACAGUGCAAGGAUUGCCUUGUGCGCGUAUACAGGGCCCAUAUAUCUGCUGGUGGCAGAAUUUCAUUGUAAUUCUCUUUUUCCCUUGGUUUUAAUCGCUUUCUGCGGGGUUUGUUGUCUGUUUGUUUGGCAUGGGUGUAGCCAGGAUUUUAGUGGGGACAGGCUUUAUGUGUGUGGGGGGGAGAACAGAGUUAUCUGCGACAGAAAUAGUAAAGUAUAUUUAUUUACUUGAUUGGGAGGGGGCGCAGCUGCACCCUCCUGGCUAUGCCCAUGUUUUUUGGGUCGUUGUAAGUCGCUUUGGGGUUGCCCUGGGCAAGAUAAAGCGGCCGACACAUUUAAUAAAGACAGGUUUCCUCGAAGACAGACGCGUGGCCGAGGGGCUUUACUGCCCGGUUGGCAAAUGCGGAUACCGGGCCGCGGCCCGGAAAGAUGCACGCGCAGCGCGAAGGGCGAACUCUCCGGCGCGCGCGGAAGCCGAGGCGAGGGGGGAUUCCAGCGGUGGAACGUUCUGGAGAGCCGGCAGGUGGCGCUGUUGCGCAAGGAGAAGCGAGGCGGAAGGAAGGCGGCCGCGCUGCAUGCUGGGAGCUGUCAGUGCCCUCUCCGGUGUAUUUAGGCGGCGGGGGCUCUUCCGGCUUGGGACGCCAAGGUAACCCUUUCCCCCUGCGACGCGCCCUCCCCCAACCCUUUUCUGCUUCCCCGCUUUUUCGGUGCCUGGUUGUGACGUGGGGGGUAUAUAAGCAUUAAGGUAGGGGGGCAGGGUGGGAGCAUCCCUUAUUGGAGGGUCUCCUCCCUCUCCUCCUUGGGGGCGAGAUUCAGAAGUAUAGGGUGGAUGGGGAGGGGUGCAUGGAGAUGCCGCCUGGUCUUUUGUGUCUCCUAAUAUGCUUAUGGGUCAGUUUCUCCUGUCUGCCACUAAUGUUUCCUUCUAUCUCCCGUUCCCUCAUGACAGCCCCCCUCUAUGGGGUGGGGGCUGAAAAUAAAUGGAGCAGGGCCCAUCAGAAAGAGCCAUCAUCAUCAUCAUCAUCAUCUCUUGUGCCUCUCUUGUUCCUCUCCGAUCUUCAUCAGAUACAGUCACAAGGUGUUGACUAGUUCACCUUUGGCGUCCCCAUUGCCAAUGUCUUAGCCACCCUGGUUGUGUGAAGACGGGGGGGGGGGAUUUCUCUUCCCUGACAUCCUCUCAGUCUUCUUAUAUUUUGUUAUGCAGGGGGUGGGGGGAGUGAGAAUUCAUCAUCUGCCUGCUGCGCACACACCACACCUUUGCACUCUGAGCUCAUUUAUUUUAAAUAACAGCCACCUGUAGCUCUCUGCCCCGCCCCUUUAGAGUCUUGAUACUGUUAAAAACUUCUGUUAAAGGAUAAACUAAUCCACUCUUCAGAAUCAUGCAUCUCCAACCCGAGUUACUGUGAAUAAUGAACAGGAGUUAAUGGUUAUUUGAUUUAGCUGCUCAAGUGACCUUCUAAUAGUUGGCAUUUUGCAUUCUCUACUUUCAUUCACUCGUUCAAGCUGCACACUUAUAAAGGAGCAGGCUCAAAUAUAGUCAGACCUAUUUCUGAGUAAACAAGCAUAGGAUUGUAGUCACCCUUUUCUUCGUGUCCCUUCUUCAAAUUCAAUCUGCUUCAGUUAAGUGUGGUUUUUUGCUCAUAAGGCAACACAGAUUAGUAACCCCUUUCUACAUUGCCUUCAAAGUCCACUUGCAAAUCUGAGUAACUAAUAAAUUGGCUUUUUUUCUGUUCUCUCUGUGCUAUGUUUAUGUAGAUUAGUAAUUCUAAACUGCAUUAGUAAGCAGUUUUCUUUGCCUCUUGUAAAGUGCAGUGGCUGACAUGGUAUCUACACAUCUUCUAUCUUCUGUCCCAAGGAGAGGCACUAGAAGCUCAUGCAUUGAGCCAGUGGUUUGUCAAUUUGGAUAUCACUGAGCAGAUUACUGUCUCCCACAAUGCCAUUUGUGGAAAUAAGCACUUUCAUGUUUGAUGGGGCUUUUUCCUUGGUAAGUGCACACAGGAGUGCAGCUUCAGUCUUAUAUACAUACAAUGGAAAUAGCAUAAUGGAUGCUAAAUAAAUAACAUAUUGUAUAAGUGCUUUAUCAGCAGCACAUUAUACUAUUAUUAAGCUUCUGUAGUUUUAAAUGUGGGUAUCUUUUUCCUAAUUUUUCAGAAAAGUUAAAUGAUGCUUGGGCUAUAGGUUGUGAACAGUAACAAUUAAGACCCUUUUCUUGGAUUUAGAAAUAAUUGCUUUAAAAUCCUUCAAAUGCUGUAAUUCAGUGAUAGAGCAUCUGUUACAGGAUGCUGGUUGAAUUUGCUAAUUAUAAAAUAAUAGGGAAAAAGGAAGACUUGUUUUUAUAGAGAAUAAAGCACAGAAUGAAAUAAAUUGGGGUCCCUUGCACCAGACAUUUCACACUAUCAAAGUUGUUCUUUGUCACCAAAGCCUACCCCCCACCCUAGCCGCAUCUUAUAUGAGUAAUUUUCAAAUGCUGUUUGUCAUUUUCUAAAGAUCAUCAACACAGGACAUUCCAGAGUACAAUUGCUGAAGAAGCCAAACAAUCUGAGUCAAGUACUGAAGGCUUCUUAAUCUGACAGGAUGCCUAGAGAAAGGGAAAAAUAAACAAGGAAAUUUCACCCGUUGAGGUUCUUCACAGCAAUUCCUAGAAUAGCAAUUGCUCCUUUCACUUUAGUUAAUGUUUCAACUCUGAUAUCUUGUAGAGCUUCUAGAGUUAUCAGUGGGACUGUGUUUUGAACUGAGCAAGAAGGAAUACAAAGGGUUUUCCCCAGCAAGCAAAGCCCCAGGUUCUUUGGCACAGUCCUCCACAUAGGCACCUCAGCUCCGUACUGUUAUUUGCCUGCAUCUUGAAUCAGGCAGGGAAUAUUAGCAACUGGGGUGCAUGAAAGGAGAAGGGAGGCAAAGAGACUCUUGCCUUUGUCAAAGGACAGGGGAAAAUACAUGACUGAGGUGGUUGGCCGCACCACAAUUGCGUAUUUUGUAUCCUCCGCCUAUUGAGGAGGCUUUGCAACUAAUACUACCCAGCCUGGUGCCAUUUUGAAAGAGUGGCAGCAUUCUUCCCUUGCGAUGCUGGCAGUUAUGCAGAAAGUAACAAUAACAAUUACUCCCAUGGUGGAGUAUAUUGGAGGCUUUCCAGUAUUAAAUGUGUGUUGUUAAGUUUCUGAUUGCUCUUGAUGGACCCUUAUCCUCACUUUGGAGUUAAUGAUGGAAUUUGCCUUUGAAUAUAUAAAUUGAUAUGGGUGAGAUAAAGCUGUGGGGCAUUAUCCUCCUAACUUGUGUUAUAAAUAGGGUUGUGUCUAAUUGUAGUACUACUUGAGGGAUCUGGCAUAAGAGUAGUUAAGCUGUAAGUGCAACAAAUGUGGACUGUGUGUCGUAUUCAUUUAAGAAGCACCUGAGACAGAGCUUUUGGGAUGGCAUCCCUCACACUUUGGAAUGCACUCCACCCAGAAAUUAGGAUGGUGGCAACCAUUUGUUUUUUAUACUCUCCCCCCCUACCCUUUUCAGGGUAGCUUUGUAGGAUAUUGUUCCUGCUGACUUUACAGGUGGAUUUAAUGCAGUCUUAGUGCUUUAACUUUGUAUUUUGUUAUUUGUUUGUUUGUUUAUGUUUUGUAUACCCUCACAAUAUUUUCAAAUUUGGUGUGAUCCUAAUUUGCAAAAAUAAUUAUAUUCUUUGUAUUGAUAAUAUGCACUAGCUGAUUAUUAUGUAAUUAAGAGUAAUUGUCACAAGCAAAUGUUUUAUAAAAUCUGCAGCUUUGUUAAUAGCAAAGAAGGCAGGCUUUAAGCUGCUAUGUUUAAAAAAUCAAAGGCAUACUAAAGUUCUACCCACUCAUAUUCAGUUAGAAAAUACUGGGUACAGAAAGUCCAUUGUUUGAUCUGGCAUUCCAGUUUUCUGAAAAACCCUGUUGUCUUCAUGUUCCUGCUGUAUUCAUUUGAAGAAUGUAGCAUUGUUUGCCUUUAGCAAACUGUACUGAGGAAAGUACAGUAACUAAACAGAAAUAUUGGGCAUUAGAUGCUUUGAUAGUGCGUUAUCCAUGGGCUGUUACUGUACAGGACUCCCCAAGUUUGACUCUAAUGUGGCUUUAGGCAAGCUACUCCCUCUCAGUAGAUACCUACUAUCUUCAAUACAGUAUGGGAAUAAAAGUACUAACCCAAUUUACAUGCUGAGAGGAUUAAAUAGUGUACAUGAGGCUUCAAUCAUAUAUUCACAUAAUCAUAGGUAAGCCUCACUGAACUCAUUAGGAUUUACUUAUAAGUAUAAAUACUGAAAACAUUGUUUUAUUCCAUACUCAAGAAUCAUAAAGAUGGUUGAUGGAAUAAGUUCUUAGGAAGUACACUGUGGUGUCUACUUUUUAACAUAUAUUUUUGGCUGUCUCAUUUCCAGGGCAUAAGACUUCCAGGAAAGUUUGUAGCUUUACAAAAUACUAGCCAGUGUAUGGAUACACAUUUAUUUAUCUGCUUCAAUAUGAUUUACAACAGGAAUAAAACCAUGACUGUGAAAUAUUCAACAACACAAUAGAAGUAGAAUUAUAAAAAAUGAUAAUCAUAGUAGUAGGCAAUGAGAAUUUGUACAUAAACACUGUAACUAGAAUUGACAACAUUUUGCCUGAAAUGUAGACCGUUGACAGUUUCUUGCACAACUGGAUAAAUGGGUGUGUGAUGGGCCACUUCCUAACUACCCUGGGCCCCGUGUUGUCUGAAGGAAGAGACCUGGCCGCUAACACAGUGUAUCCUUCUGCUCAGCCCGCGCUUCCCCUUGAAAAAACUUGCUGCCACUAGAUAAAGGGGAAUUAGUUCUACAUGACUGCCUUUUAUUAAUGAGCCUACAAACUUUCCUUGGGUCCGCCUGAAACUUCUUAAUGUAUAGCUUCUAGGUGUGGGGGUGUUAAAAUAAAAGACAACAGGUUUAUGAGCAAGGUAAAAAGUUUACUAAGAUGGAGGAGGGGAUAGUUUUAAGAAAUGGCAUAUGUAAAAGUUAGAGAAAACCAAUAUUUUCCCCAGUAGAGCAAAUAAACAAACAAACAAGGGUUAAACAUGAUCCUUUCUCCCUCUAAUUACAUAUCCUAGAGCCAACUCUCAACUCUUCUCUGUUGCCCCCAGUGCAAUCCCAUUAUACAUUUCUUUACCACCUUUUGUCUCACAGGCAUACAAAAGCCUUUCGAUGUUUCCUGAUUUCCUCCUUGAACUGCCUGCCUCCAGGCUAGAUAAAUACUUUGUCUACCUGCCCUGCCAGUCAUAACCUGCAGGCUACAGGAAGUCAUAGAGCCCUUUGAAACAAGGGACAUGCCAGCUCUCAUAUACACAGUGGAGUUCCCUCUUCCUAACUGAAUCCCAGGUCAGGGCAAGGAUCACAGAUUAAUCCUGUAAGUCCCAAAUGGACAGACCCCAAAAAUAUGCAUUCCCACAUUAUGUGCAGCAGUCCAUAUAAAUGCAAUCGUCCAUACACGAAGUCCACAUAAAGCUCAUUUCCUUCAUGGUGUGAAUAGCCAGUCUUUCGUUGGAUCAUGAGUCUAACAGAAGAUACAGAACCAAUAUAGAACCUUAGUAAGGAGCAUUAAUUUUUAAGAAACAUGGGUUUGAAUCCAGACUUGAAGCACAACCUGACCGUACCAGAUUAGUUGUAGAUUCUGUUGAAUUCAGUAGGGCUUACUUCCAGGUAGUAGGCUUAGGUUUGCAAUGAUAGUUGUGCUUAGAGUCGGCACACUGAAAUCACUGAACUUAAGUUUGUCAUUGAUUGAAGCCCCGUUGAUUUCAGUGGGUCUUCUCUAAGUAUGACCAAGACUGGAUGCAGGCCUAGAUUGCUAAGCUUUAAGGAAAUGUGAGUAAUGGGAAAGAUGCCCCAAAGGACAAAAGCAGAAACGUUUUGUUUAAUGACUUCCAUGGAAUGAAUGUGCUAUAUGAGCCCUAAUGUUCACAGCAUCAGUCAUGCUGCAGCUUAAGAUGGGCCAGUGAUUAGCUCCUAUGUAUGGAUUAUGGGACAGACAUGGCAAGGGCAAGAGUUCAGCAUUUGCUUAUUGGGUUAUGCUACUGCCUUGGAGCCCAUUUAUGCAGCCUCAAAGCUAUUACCGGUACCAUUACCUUGCUAGGGGGGAAAUGCAAUGCAUCUGUGUUCUCCUUAGUUUUCUCUCUGCCCAAUGUUGCAUUUACUGAAACAACAAAGUUUUGUAUUGUGAAGCUUAUUUCUUUAGUUCUGCAUCAAGGGUACCAAACUUUGUUUCCUGCUGCUUGAUCAGACAUAGGCCUUAAGGUCAGUGGAAUGUUCUUUACAGAAAGAAAACUGAAUUUUCCAGUGUAGGCUUUGAAAUGACAAGCAGAAAAAUUAAUUUUCCAAGGUCUUUGGUAAAGUAACAGUGAAAUCAUUUUCCCCCAGCUGGCAACCCAUGAAGAGGAUAAUACCAUGUAGUUAAUCUUCCGUAUAUAAAAUUUUAAAAAGUGCAAGAACCAUUGUUAUUUUUAAUCCUCUCUAUUUUGUAUUCUCAUAGGUGUGAUAAAGUAACUUUCUCCACAUAACACCUUUCAUUUGCUGAAUGUUUUUUUUUUGUAGCUACUGAAAGGAAAGUUGGAAGACCAGUUUCUGCUCUAGAUACUUCUGUUUAUGAUUUCAUUUUUUGAAGAUUAUUAAAGAUGAUGUUCUGAAGUACUAAGGAGUGACAUGCUAUCUCUAAGCACAGGAAGUCCAUAUCGGUCCAUGAAUUUGUCUAAUCCCAUUUUAAAGCCAUCUAAGCCAAUGAUCAUUGCAUCACCUCGUGGCAGCAAAUUCCAUAAAUUAAUUACGCACAGUGUGUGUGUGUGGGGGGGGGGGGGAAUACUUCCUUUUGUCUUCCCUGACAUAAUCUACAACUGCCCGCCAUUUUCAAGGUGCAGUAGAGAUGGCAAAACCUGCUUUACAUUCUGCCCCUGGGGUGUUCCCAGUUUCUAAAGAUCAGGUUCACUGCCCAGGCUAACAAAGUCUCAGAAUUUUCUCCCAUAUAAGUAAAUACCUGCAUUCGUUCCUGGAGAGUGGGAGUAGAGUACCUCGCUUAGGGACCGUUUUCUGUUAUAGCUAAAAAAAUGCCCAUUGCUUGUGAUAUUAGGUGGCCAAUCCGUCACUGUAUGUGUGAGAAAGAGACAAUUGUGGGUAGGAGCAAUAUGUUUAUGCCCGCUUCCCUGCCCCCAAUAACUAUAUAAUUACAGUUCAGGGUGGAAGGGAAUACCAAGUAUUGAGAAAGAUUCCACAGUGUUGAUUGAGCUAGUUGCUGCAGUGCCCAAAUUCUGAAUGCCCUCGGAUGGAAAUAAUGUAAGCCAGGAGUCUUUGACCUUUGUGGGGCUGGGGGCACAGUUGCAAACCAGUGAAGCCACACACACACUUGCCACCAAGCAUUCUACUGAAACAUACUCUGUUGGCUGCAGUCGAGUGCUUUAUUGAGCUGAAUUUCAGGGGGGGAGGGAGGCCCUUCACGCACCUGAGAGGCCUCUGAGGGAGCAUAGUUCAAAACUAAAAAGCUUUUAUCAGCUAAGUGUGAUUCAGGAUGUUUUAUUGCAUCUUAGAGUUUCCUUGACCUCAUGAACUCAUCUUUAGCAUUGCCAAAUGAAGAUUUGGGGUCUCAUGUGUUUUAGGAUACGUAUGCGACCUUUUUGUUCUUCAUAGCUACAUAAUUAAAUCUGUUUCACGCUUUCCAAAUGCUAAAUCUGAGUAUUAUUACCAAGGUGUAAAAUUAGUUUUUGCAACAUCUGUUUUGGAAGUGUUCUUUUUCCCCCUCUUUAGUUGGUUGCAGCUUUGGUGGAAAAGCAAAGGAAAACAUUUGCAGCAUCUAACUUGUUUUAUAAAUUUGAAAGUGGUUUUAUGCCAGGAACUGGAGAAAGAAAAAGAUUUGAUUGGUUGGGUUAGCCACGUGAGCAUACAUUGCCCUUGGGCAUUUGAUUUAGUGCACGUUUCCACAACUUGCGACCCAUCAAGCUAAAAGCAGUGCCCAAGCCACUUUCAGUUGCCUAUUAGAGGCUUCAGAAACUUCCUUCCUUUUCAGGUUAUCUGCCUGGAACUGCUGAAGGAAGGGAUUUGUCAAAUACGGCAAGCCCCAAAAGAGGAAUCACAAAUUGUGCCUUAAAAUUGUAUAAAAUUAAUAAGAUUCUCUUCACAUAAAAUGCAGACUGUUUAUCCACUUGGCGUAUUGGAUCACUAUUUAUGAGCUCACCAGAUUUCUUUAAAAACAAAAUGAGCUUCACUAGUUUCUUUCUCAAAAACAGAAAUUUGAUAGUAUUUUUUACAGACUUCAUGUUACCAUAUCAUGGCCAUAUAUAUUUGCUUAACUGUCUGAAUGCAACAGUAGUUAAAAGUUGUGGAUUAGGGAAAUCAUGUUGCUCCAUCUUUUUCAGCUCACAACUUUACAUGAAUUACAAUCUGGUCUCUAGUGGGACUCUGCGGGAGGAUGAAUGCGGAGGAGCUGGAGCUACUGGGUGAUUCCAAGUACAGGAACUAUGUAGCAGCUGUCGACAAGGCUCUAAAAAGCUUCGAGUACUCCAGUGAAUGGGCUGAUUUAAUCUCAUCCCUUGGAAAGCUUAACAAGGUAUGAGAAGACUUAGAAGGAUUGGGUGAAAUGCAUGCAAAGUUUUGAGGGGGGAAUUGAAAUAAUUAAGUAUAAAGCAUUCAUAAUCUAGAUUCCCCCUGCCGAACUAUUUAAAAAAGGAGUGGACUGGCAGAUCAUUUUAAUCAUCAGGUUAUUACUUACUGUAGUGGGUGUCAGAAUUAUUCUGCUUGGCGGAUACUUUCUCUUAGGCUACACACCAGAUAAAGGUUUUUGAAUGAGUUAUUAUUGAAGGGAAGGAAGGUGGAACACCCUGUCAUAAUGAUGUCAGGAGAUUGACACUUGCCACAGUUUUUAAAAAGUCACUGUUGUUACAUCUGUCUGGCGACUGGCACCAGGAGUGCACAUUCUAAGAACCUUAUUCUGUAGGGGGGGGAAAUGUCCCUUUUAAAACGGAGCGUUUUCUCUUACUAGAGGAAGCAUUUUGGUACAUAUAUUAAUAAACAAUAAUAAAAUUGAAUGUAUGUAAAUCAAGAUUCUUCAUCACUCCCUAGAAGUGUUGCAUGCCUACUGAUUUAAAUAACUGAAGUGUUAGUUUAUUCCAUACGAGGUGUGUGCUUGCUUUGACCGAUAAAACACACAAUAAUUGCCUGAAAAAUAAAGGAGCCUUUAACUUUUGAACGGGGAACUUGUGGCCGUCUCAUGUUGUUGGACUUCAGCUCCCAUCUUCCCCAUCCAGCCUGGACAGCAGUUGGGGAUGAUGGGAAUUGGAGCUUAGCAGUGUUGAAUGGGCCACACGGAUCCAACCCCCGUUUUAACCUGCUGUGGCUUCCUGUGAGUGAAUUUUGUAAUGUAGAUAAGGCAGCAAGUUAAUAAAGCAGGUCAGUUUGUUACAUCAGAAGUUUGGGAAUCUCCAUGAGAGGUGGUUUUCCUAAUGCAUCACAUUCUGCCAAGGGGAACGGAUUCAGAAACCUUCAAAUCGAUCAGUUCUGUAAACUGCUGUCGGAGAGAAAUUGGGUUUUGAAUGUCUUGCAAUGUUUUCUGUCAGGUUCUUCAAAACAAUGCAAAGUACCAAGUAGUCCCAAAAAAGCUGACCAUAGGAAAGCGCCUUGCACAAUGCCUUCACCCUGCCUUGCCAGGUGGGGUGCACCGGAAGGCCCUUGAGACGUAUGAGAUCAUCUUCAAAAUCAUUGGGCCCAAGCGUCUGGCCAAAGAUCUCUUCCUAUACAGGUAAAAAGAAUGACCUUUAUAUUGUAUUCUGAGCAUUAGCUUGCUGUAAUCAAGAAUUGUUUUUAUUUGUGAGGGAAGAGGAUGUUGCUGAAUCUUGGGCGCCAGAGAUGAAGGGAGCUGUGGCCCAGCAGGAACAUGAGCUCUUGGAUUUGACAAGUGAACUUGGAAAAAGCCAGAUUUGGAAAGAUAAAGUUUGGUUUUGUUUGGAAAUGGGGGGUUGGAUAGACCCCCCUAUGCAGGAAUGUUUGGACUUUUCAAGUCUGGCAAUGGGCCGUGAGAUGUUUGGGGUUGUGGGGGCUCUUAAUUUUGGAGGGACUUUGAAACAUGUUCUUAAAUACCACAUGGAGUUUAGUGUGGACUAUGGAAAAGGGGCUGAUUUGUCGAGAAGGGUCAAAAACAUUGUCAAGCUGGAGUUCCCACGAGUGAAAGGAGCAGGAGACAAAGGAAAAUACAGCUAUAAAUAUGAAGAAGAGCCGCAGAAGGGACAUGGAAGGGACUUAAGGGCCUCGGACAUAAGAUUACCAGGUUAAUGCGCUAGAUUGAUGGGAUAGAAAGGACUGACAAAACCCGGGACCAGGAGGAAGAGACGCUGGAUGAAGAUUGGAUUGUUUUUUAUUUUUUUAUUAGGACUGUUUUAUAAAAUUGAUGAAUGUUAGAAAAAUGUUGGAACGAAAUUAUUUGGCUAUAGCAAAAAUGUUUAAAGAAUUAUGUAAGAAUAUUAUGGUUAUGAGAAAUUGGUAAAAAUAAGAUCUAAGUCUUAAGAUUUAAGGUUUUUUAUAGUAAGAUAAGAUUAAAAUAGAUUAAGGUAAUGUAAUGACAGAAUAUUAUGAAAUAUGGAAAGGAUUUGCUGCGACAAUUAACAACUAGGAUACAAAAAAAGGGAGGAGGAGGAGGUCAAAGAAAGAAGGUAAUGACAGUUAAGGAUUUAAGAACGUUGGAUUUGUUUUUAAAUGUUUGUGGUAUAUUUUUGUCUUUUGAUCGUGUUGUGCUAUUUUUUGAUUUUGAUUUUGAUUAAUUUGUAUUGUUUGAUUGUGGUUUGUUUUUUCCUUGUUUUUUCUCUCUCUUUUUCUUUUUCGUUUUCUUUUGUAAUUCUAAAAUUUUCAAUAAAUAUCAUUUAAAAAAAAGAAUAAAAAAGAAUUGUUUUUAUUUGAAUAAGUCAACAGUAUAAAUCCUGUAGUACAUUUCACUUGGGUCAGAAUGUAGAUAAAUUUGACAGUGUGAGCUGCUGCUAAUGUUACAGUAGAAAAUUAAAGGCAUAUUAACUUGCAGCGUAUUCCUAAUUCCCUGAUUAGGGACAGGACAUAGCCAGCUGUGGGCGCCUCUGCUGUGAUAACUUGGAGUUGGUGCAGCAAAUAUGAAGGGAAAAAACCACCACCACCUUCCAUCCUGGCUAGUACAAGUGGCAGGGCUUUGGAUGUGACAGUGGCUCCACCUCUCUGCUAUCCAGGUUCAUUUAGGAUUUAGGUUUUGCCUAUUCAGGAGAUAUGGGGGGAAAACAGAGAAAGCUACAUUAUAUUUGGUAGUAUAAAUGAUAAGAAGCAAAACUAUUUGUUGAGGUGUGUGACAUAGUUGUAGACAAAUUCAUAGGCUAUAAAUAUACCAGUAUUAUCCAAAUUGGAAUCAUUUUAGGGGAGUAGAAUAAUAAAGGCUUUGCUGAACACACAGAAACACAUACACACAUAGGUGAUAAUAAAAUGAAAAUGGACAUAACCGGAAGUCUUUGAAACCUCUUAUUUAUUAAUUAUGAGGAUCUGGUUACCAAAUAAGAUGGGCAUGAAAGGAGAUACAUAUCUACUCUGAGCAUAUGUUUCUCUUACAUCUCUUGUUUGUAUUGCACUUAGAGGGCAGAAGCACUGAAUCCCAGUAUAACCAGAAUGUGGAAGGCAAGGAUUGAAUUCAGGAGUUAAGAUGCUCAAUUUGAAUGGAGUGGCAAUAGCAUGCUUAUUAAUAAAGGCAUGAAUGGUUUUCAGCUUUUUAGCUAUGUUUUUAAAUGGUAGCUUUGCAUUUUCAUGUUUCACUGGAUAAUCUCCACAAUUCCAUUACUGUGUAUAGUGUCUCAUUCAAAACAAGCCUCUCUGUUGGGUAGGAUCUCGUGGGAAAUGGUGAUGUUCUUCAGGAAAACUUACUAGUCUGUGAAAUGGAUCCGGAGAAUGUAUAGAUUAAGCAGCCUUUCUCUUUGUUAGUUGGUUAUCCUCAUAUGCUGAAAAUUAUCUAUAUAAACCAGUCCAGCCUCUCAGUACCCUUUUGUAUCUCUCUGUUUUUUUCCAAAACAGUUCUGGGCUUUUCCCUCUGCUUGCGAAUGCUGCUAUGUCUGUCAAACCAGCAUUACUCAGUCUGUAUGAAGUUUAUUACCUUCCUUUGGGCAAAACGUUGAAACCGGGCUUGCAAGGAUUGUUAACUGGGAUACUUCCUGGCUUGGAGGAAGGUUCAGAGUAUUAUGAGAGGUAAGGCUAUGGGCUAAUGUAAUACCACUGUUAUAAAAUCUUGUGCACUGUGAAAAUUUCUAAGAUGCUAAUCUUAACUGGUUGUCCCUCGAUGCAAACUUAAUAGGUAGGGCAGGGAAGAGGUGGAGGUGGUGGCACUCUGUGCACAAAAUAGUAUAUAGUCCAAGAAACUAGGCAUUCUCAAAGCACAGACUCUCCAGAUUCUGCCACAGAAUUGCUGUAUCGGACCCCCAAGAAUAAGUUAGUACUGGGGAUGUUUUGUCAUCCCCUGAGUGAUCUUGAGGUGGAGAAUGAAAUCAAGGAAGUAGCCAAAGGAGGAAGUUCUAUAGUAGGGUAAUUGGUGACUUCAGUUACCUUCACGUGCAUGUUCCAGUCACAAUAAAGAGGUAAAAUUUCUAGAUACGCUAAGGAACUGCCUUGGAACAGUUUGUUAUAGAACAGGUGAAAGGAAUGGCAACCCUGUACUUUAUCAUCAGUUGUUCCUGGGACCCAGUUUGAGAUGUAACCGUUGUUGAACUGCUAGGUAAAGUGACCAUAGUGUUAUCACCUUCAACAUAUAUGUGAGUGGACAGUUGCCAAGAGAAUCAAACACAUCUGAAGUCACAUUUGACUUCAAAAGAAAGAGCCUUUAUAAAAUUGAGGGUAUUGGUAAAAAGGAAGUUGAAAGGGUAAGUCGAGAGAGUCAAAACUUUCCAGUACAAAACUGAAACUGAAACCGGUAUAAGCACAGCAGUGAAAACAAUUUAAAACCACCAAGAAAGAAAUUUAAAUAUAAUGUAGCAGGUAUAACUACGACCAAGUUGGUUUUUUGUUUUCUUUUAAUGGCCUUCUGUUUUAAUUGAGGUAAGUCAGGUAUAUCAACCCAGAUUUCUGAGCCUUCCAGAUUUAUUUAUUUACCGUUUUACUUCCACACGCUCUUGUUGCUCAUGCCACAGAACCAACACUCUGCUGGAGAAGGUAGCUGCCGCAGUGGACCAAUCAGCUUUCUACAGUGCACUCUGGGGUAGUCUUCUCACUAGUCCUGCUGUUCGGUUGCCUGGCAUUACUUAUGUCCUCUCCCAUCUAAACAGGAAGCUUUCCAUGGAAGACCAGCUUUAUAUAAUAGGCAGUGACAUUGAACUGAUGGUAAGAGUCGGUAAAGUUUUGUUUAAGGAAUAGCCCAGCCCCAGUUCAUUAUCUUCAUCACCUUUUGAAAUAACUAUUGCGUAAGGAAUACAUCCUGUUUACUUUCUAGCAGCAGAUGAACUUGCAAAAAAUCUGCAUGUUAGAAGUAUUUUUAAAAUGCUGAUAUAAAUGAUGAGAAUACUUUCAAAGUAUGGCAUUUCUUUGCCCAUCAGACCAAACCAACGAGCAUGCUUUAAAGUUAAGCACAUUUUAAAGGCACAGAGAGAGGAUUAAGCAUUUCCCAUUGAAAUUGGUAGGACUUAAAAGAGCUUAACAUUGGCCGGAGAACUUUGCUUGAAAAGCCAAGUAAUCCUUGAUACUUUUUAAGUCACUUAGCGCUUAUGAGAUCAACAUUUUUAAAAUCUUGUUUCUGAAGGUCUGUGUUUUGUUUCCUAAAAUAGCAUUCAGUAUUUUUUUCACAGCGUAGCUAUGGCCAAGUAUAUCUAAAAUGUGUUUAAAUUUGGAGCACAGGGUUUGUGUGGAGAAAUAGUUACAUUUUCUGGUAUUUACUCUGUGAGAUGCCAUGGUAUUAUAGGACUGAGUAUCUGAUAUUAUCUAUUAUUUUCCAAGUGUUUUCGUAAUUUUAUUCCUACAAGCCCUACAUUACUUACGUUCUUUCCAUGUUGCUUGAUAUUGACUCAGAUCAGGUCAGAUUCCUCAGAGAUAAGUUCACAAUCUCUGAGCCUUAUGUCUCCUUUGCUUGAUUGCUUGCUUGCUUGGUGUGCCUCUUCCUUCCCUCCAAGACCACUGGGCAUUCAGACAUAGGAUGAAUAUGUGUAAAAGCCAAUGUCCAGAUUCCGUGGAGGGAAGGAGGACACAGUCAUGCUUAUCCUGCUGUGCUUAGGGAGAGAAUCAUCCUAACUGGACCUCUAGUUAAAGAAGUCUGUGAUGUUUGUGUGCAUGUGUAUAAACAAAAUCAGCAUUGCUAAUUAUGCCUAUACUAAUGGUAAUUUUAUUUCAGGUGGAAGCAGUAAGCACCUCAGUGCAGGAUUCCAGUGUACUAGUACAGAGAAGCACACUGGACCUGAUACUUUUCUGUUUUCCAUUCCACAUGAGUCAGGUAAAACACUGCUGAAUGAGUAUUCCGCGAAUCACUCUGUUGCAUAUACGUAUUACCCAUGGGUGCAGUCUUCAACGUUUCUUAAAAGACUCCCCAAGAUUUGAAUAAUAACAUGUUCUGGUGUAAGAGAUUAACUCUCCAGCUAAAAGAUCUCUUAAAUACUUACUCCAGAGGGUUCCCUUCAUGCAUACAAUGCCAAUUUUUCUUUCUGGUGGCAAUCCCUCAUGCUGCAAGGAGUCCUGAAAGUACCCCUGGAUUUUGGUAGUGGUUUUUCAGCCAUCAUAGGAGGCCGCUGCAUAGGAGAGGCUAAAAAGACUGUGGGUUGUGGUGCUGGUAGUGCUUUUUUUGCUGCCACCUUUGCUAAUGAUUUUGGCCCUUGUGGUAUUUAAUCAUGUUUCCUGGUAUUAAAAUGACAACCUAGGAAAAGUUUUGUUCUUUGAUCAAGUUUUUUUUGUCGCCUUUGAAAGCGCAAGAAAUGUUGUAUUUGGAAAUUCAUGUCUUAGUUCAAACAACUGCAUUGUUUAAGACCAUUGUUACUGUGUGUAACGUAAUGUGUGUGGUAGUUGCACACACAGAUGGAAAUGUAUAUCAGAGCUCUGAAUUUGAGACGUGAUGACCAGAGCAGACCAUUUGAGUUCAUCCAUUAUAUCAGCAACUCUCAGGAACACGUUAUUGAAAUAGCAAUAUACAGCUUUUGCAAACGUGUAGCGUUACUUGGCAUUGACUGAAACUUGGUAAUUAGCUGGCUUGUAUUCUGUGUCAGCAAAGUUGUGAAGGUAAGCAAGUGAAUAUAAGCUAUUUAUUUUUCUUAAAAAUAGAUUGGCCAACCCAGACUGCCUCUGAUAUCUUUGAUCAUUUUCUUGCUUAUAUUAGAUCAAUGUAGUGAUCAGCAUUUAACUCUGCAUUAAAGUUGUGUGUUCAGGGGGAAACAUGAUUUCUUUCUCCCCGGUGAUUAUUUUAUUAUCAUUGCAAUGUAAAUGUUAGGCUUUGCUUUUUGUGUACUUCAUUAGAUUAAAUCGCCUGAAACUAGGUAUAGGCUUCAAGGAGAGAUGUGGUUGUUGUCUGCUGGUGCCGGCAAAGGCGCAAGCCACUUAGAAGGGGUUGAUUAAAAACAGGCAGCCUAGAUUUUUUUUGUCAGAUUCUAGAUCUCAGCCUGCAUGAAUCCACAGGUACUGGGAUGUGAAUAAAAAUAUUUUUUUCUCCUAUACAACAAAACUCUUGAGUGUAACACCUGCUGCAGUUUUUUGUUUAAAUGUAACAUUCCCAAUUUUAGGCGACGCGCCCAGACAUGAUCAGAAUUCUGUCAGCUUCUCUUCAUGUAGUCCUGCGCAGAGACAUGUCACUCAAUAGAAGGCUUUAUGCCUGGCUUCUAGGUAGGUGCGGGAUUUAUAUUUUUAUAAAAUCAACUGGUACCUCAUUGUAACAGUAACACUGUAAACUCCCCUUCAUUUUAGUAUGUGCGGUUUUAUUUUGGACUAAAGUUUGUUGCGGAACAUUUUGAAUGUUCCUGUAGCUAUUGCUGUUGUGUUAUGGCUGACUAAAGAUACAAUAAAUUUAUAAUUUAUUUGUAGUUUAUAAUCUGCCUUUUAAAUCACAAGAAGUUUUGAAGCAGGGAACUUUUUGUUUUAAGUGCACACCUAAAAAUGCAGUGUAAAACAUCAGUAGUAACAGUAACUGAACAAGCAGCUUAUCUCUGCCAGCACACCUAGCUAAAUGAAUGCAUACGUACGUACGUACAUGCAUACAUACAUACAUGCCAUAUAAAUUUCUACCAUAAAUGUAAAGGGACCCCUGACCAUUAGGUCCAGUUGCAGACGACCAUGGGGUUGCGGCGCUCAUCUCGCUUUACUGGCUGAGGGAGCUGGCGUACAGCUUCCGGGUCAUAUGGCCAGCAUGACUAAACCACUUCUGGCAAACCAGAGCAGUGCACGGAAACGCCGUUUACCUUCCCGCCGGACUGGUACCUAUUUAUCUACUUGCACUUUGACGUGCUUUCGAACUGGUUGGCAGGAGCUGGGACUGAACAAUGGGAGCUCACCCCAUCAUGGGGAUUCGAACCACCAACCUUCCGAUCGGCAAGCUCUAGGCUCUGUGGUUUAACCCACAGAGCCACCUGCGUCGCCAUGUUAGAGAAUAAAACUUGGUACUGGGGAACUGCUGCUCCAGCUCUUGGAAUUUGCCUUAUGCGGUUCUGCAGGGUCUGCAUUGUCUUGGCAUCAUUUUCAUCACCUACAUCAGAGAUGGCUCACAUGCUACGCUUCACAUGUUCCUGGACCAGUUGUUCCACCUGCCCUAGCUGGCAUGCUCAUUGGUCAGGGGUGAUGGGAGUUGUAGUUCAACAACCUCUGGAGGGUAUCCCAUGUAACUGCUUGGAGAGGCUGUUCAAAAAUUGUGAGAAUGAGGAGGCUUCAUUAGUGUGCUUGGCUCUGUUCCUCCUUGUCAGACUUAAUGCAGACAAGAUGGUGAUGUUAAUAGAAGGGGACCUGCUUGACACCAGAGUCGUGGUUUUCCUGUUCCAGUUGGGGUCCUGCUUCCCCUAAAGGAGAAUUUGGGUGUGGAGUUUGGGCAUGCUACUGGACUCAACAUUGCUCCUGGAUUUUCCAGAGCAUCUUUUAUGGCCAGUUGACAGCUGUAUCUAGCAAAGGAUAGUCUGGCUACUACCAGCCUUUGUAACCUCCAAGCUAGACUGUUGUAAUGUACUUUGUCUGAGACUACAAUUGAAGAGCGUUGAGCCAUGCAUUGAGAUAUAAGAAAUAAAUAAAUUUGCCACCUAUACCAUCCAGCGCAAAUUGGGAUAGCCUAUAUAAAUCAGCUAUAAAAUGCACGUUAUUUCAUAACCCAACCUUGCACUAGUAGGUAAUGUUUUCUUAGCUUCAUAAUAAUAAAACUCAGCUUCAAAUAUGCAUACAGAAGCCAGAUUGUCUUUUUAUUAAUAACAAGAUUUCCACUUCUUUGAUGCAGACUGGCCACAGACUGAUGUGAUGUAAUGCUUAACAGUGCAGUCUUAUGCUUGUUUACUCAGAAGUUAGUAUGUUUAGGAUUGCAGCCUGAGAGAACUAUGAAUCAGGAUCUCCCUAGUGGAAAUCUCAGCCCAGCUUUGAGCUUGCCAAGUAGCCUUUAGGCAUGCCGCCAUUCUCAGUCUCAGCAAUGCAGAGUGACCUACCUUAGAGGAUGGUUGUAAUUAUUAGAAUGAAAUGAUGUAUGUGAACCAAUGUAAACAUUCAAAAGUGCCAUGACUAUAGUAGAAUUCUUGUAAAGUCUAAAUUUAUAUUUCCUCCCAUCACUGGAAAAUUAAGUGCGGCAUUCAUCAUCCAGAAUGCCAGGAAUUCCUGUAGAAGUGAAAGUAGCUUGAUGUUUUGCUCUUUGUGUCACCAGUUGCCUUUUAUUAAAUUAAAUUUAAAAUGGUCUUUCCUCUUGCGAACAAUAUUUGGACGGCAAAAUGGUAAGUUAUCAGAACUAAGCCAUUGUUCUCACUGUUUGUUCUUCUUUACCAACUUAUUUAAACACUGUGUUAAUUUGCCAUAUGCUUUUUCCUUUUCCUUUUGCUUGAAGGUUUUGAUAACAACGGUGCCAUUAUAGGACCUAGAAGCACAAGGCAUAGCAAUCCUGAAGAACAUGCUACGUACUACUUCAAUACUUUCUCUAAGGAAAUGCUAGUUCAGGUAGUCAUGCUUUCGAUAUGUUGUUCGUGUGUCCCUUGUAGGUUCUCCAAAAUGGCUGGUGGGCUCUGUUCAGCUUGGUAGAUCACAAGCUGUCCAGUCUUUCUAUAGGGGUUCCUCUUGCUAAUGGCAAACGUGCCACCUGAUUAGCUGACUCUAAGCCAAACCUGUUUUGUGGCGCACCUUUUGACCCAUAUUGAAAGGAUUUAUUGUGUUGUGCAAAAUGUGAGACUGGGAGUAGACUACACAUUUGCAAAUACUAGGAGAGCAUUUUGUUCAAAGCUAGUACCAUUUUUGGGAAGCAAGCAGUUUGCUUGACUGUGCAAGGAACCAGAAAGUUCUCUUCAACUCUUCUUCUAAAAGCAGUAGCGUUAUAACUUUUAAAUGCAAGCAAUUAUCAUUCAAAGCAAUGUUAUUAAAGGAAGAAGUAAUUUUAAGUACAUUCAGUGUAUUUCGCCCCCACCCCUGGUCUUCUGGUAUUUCUUUUCCUUACAGCAAUUUUGGCUCCGACAUGCAUUGGUAAUUCAUAUUUGUUUCAAAAAUUAACUUGAUUUUGUGAAGGAUGAGGAGAAUGGUUAGAUAGAGGAUGCUCAAAUGAUGGCAUGGGGAACCCAGAUGUGGCAGACAGGCAGACAAAUGUACAUUCACACUUCCAGUAAUUUCUGAUCCAUAGUUGUGGCCUAACCUUGUCUUAAUCUUAAUGGCAUACCCCAGGAAUACCCUUGAGAGAAGACCGUUGACUGGAUCCAGAAUGUCCCUUUCACAAACUGAAAGCCUCUUCAUGGAAUGAAAGGGAGUUAGAUCCAGGGGCUGCUCCCACUGAAGAGUGGGGAGGAGGGCAAUGUUUUGUAGAACUAGGUUAGCGUUUCAGGUAGUAGCACCAUGAAUGGUUUCUUACUGGUGCUUUGGUCACUGUAGUCUAAACUCUUGUCUCACUUCUUGAUUCUAAUGCGUUGUUUCUUACAGGCAAUGGUGGGAAUUUUGCAGAUCAACGUGUGUGGAGAGGAGAGCACAUUGACACAGGAUCUGAAGCCUUUUCGGAUUCUUAUCAGUUUACUGGACAAACCUGAGCUAGGUAGCUAUAUGAAUCUCCUUGCAUGCCAAUGGGGGGGUGUGUCUGUUGUUAAAUAAGUAACAGUUCACAUAGUAGUAACAGAGGGCAAAAGAACAAACAAACAUCCAGACAUUCUAAGGUACUGCAUAUGAUGAAAUGAGGCAUGCACCAUAAGUAAAAGAGUAACCUUGAACUUCUCUCAUAUGCCUAUCUGAACAGGUAUAAUAAAACUUAGUAACAGUUAAAACAGCAGUCUGUGAUCCAUGCAGCUGUACCUCCUUUACUCUGUUCUAAAAAUCACCCACUAUCUGAUUAUCACAGAGUUUUGGUAAUGCAGUGUUGCAUUAGCACAGGAGGAAGAGAGGGUGCUGCUUUGAUGGGAUAGAAAUGCUCCUCAGAAGUGGUUAGAAUUGCACUUGGUACAGAAUUGCAGAGGAUAACACAAGAGUUACUGUAGUGUAACUGCUACAUAUGUCAUCAGGCAUGUUUGAAGUCAGAUUGCAAGCCCAGAAUUUCUCAAUUCUGACAAUGUAAAGAAAACAGGCACUGGGAAUGAAUUGAGCAACAGGUUUUUGAAAUAAAUGCGCUUCGCCUUUUUCACUUGCAGUUGAAAGGUCAGACACAGUCUUAAAACAAGCUUGCUACGAUGCCUUUCAUGUUAAGAUCAUAGCCUAAAUCUUUAAUGACAGCAUGCACAUAUUAAGUUUUAAUGAAAUCAACACAGCCAUAGAAAACGCGUUACUACAUUGUACUGGCAGUGCCAGGAGAUCACAUUCCUUCUUAAAUUAGUGGUAGCAGCGCCAUCCUUUCCAACAGUUUUCAGUGUGCUUUUAACGUGUUUCAGCCAAAUAGAAAGCAUGGAUAAAGUUGUGUGUCUUUUGUUGUGCAUUAUUGAAUUGUACAAUUGGUAUAACUGCAGAUAAAAUGAAUUCAGAUACUAGCCAGUGGAAUUCUUAAUAUAAUUUUUUUCUCUUGUUCCUUGUAGGACCUGUAAUAUUAGAGGAUGUACUGAUUGAAGUAUUUAGGACAUUAUAUACUCAAUGCAAAGCGGAGCUGGAUCUGCAGGUGGACUCCUCCUUCAGCAAGGACCAUGCUCAGCUAAGCAGGUGGCUAUAUCGAGAGGAAAAAAGAGAAAUCCCUUCCUAAAGCCCAGUUUCUUGAACAGCAGCCUUUCAUGCAAAAUUAUUUUGAGAAUGAGGGAAGUUGCAAUAUUAAUUGGAUAUGUCAUGUGGGUCAGGGAUUGGAUCAGAUACUGAAAGUCUAGGGCUUGCCGAUCAGAAGGUCGGCGGUUCGAAUGCCCGCAAUGGGGUGAGCUCCCGUUGUUCCGUCCCAGCUCCUGCCCACCUAGCAGUUGGAAAGCACGUCAAAGUGCAAGUAGAUAAAUAGGUACUGCUCUGGCGGGAAGGUAAACGGUGUUUCCAUGCACUGCUCUGGUUUCGCCAGAAGUGGCAUAGUCAUGCUGGCCACAUGACCCAGAAGCUGUCUGCGGACAAACGCCGGCUCCCUCAGCCUAUAGAGCAAGAUGAGCGCACAACCCCAGAGUCCUCCGCAACUGGACCUAACGGUCAAGGGUACCUUUGCCUUUACCUUUAAAAUACCCGACCCGAGCCAGUAUUUUUAGGGAGAGCAUUCACAAAGUGUGUGUGUGCUAAAAGUAGCAUAUUUAUUUGUUGUUACAUUUAUAUCCCACCUUCCCUGCAAGGAGCUCAUCGAUGAUACAUACUUCUUCCUCUCUCCAAUUUAUUUGUGCACCUGUCCUGUGAGAUAUUUAGGUUGAGAGAUGGUGACACACCCAAGGUUACUUCCCCAUAAACUUUACAGCUGAGUGGAGAUUUGAACUCUAGCCUCCCAGGUCCUAGUCCACUGGGAUAUAAUUAGUUUCUUAUUUUUAAUUAAAUUUAUAUACUGUCCUUCAUCUCAGGGCGGUUCACAACAUAAAAAUACAAUAUAAAAAACACGAAGUACAUGGUAAAAAUAAGAACAAAACCAAACAUAAUUCCCCCCUUCCGUUUUAGAUAUAUAUUUCCCAUUAGUGAUUAAUCAGUGAGCACCUCCUAUCCAUGAAAUUCUCAGAAUACAUGCUAAGCCAGUGGAAACGGAUUAUGAUGGUGAUUUAAUAUUGAAAAGGGAGCCCAAGUAAAGUGUUAAAGCAGAGGAGGUUGGGGAAGAAGACCCUUUUCUCUUUCUACUGUAGAUGUGAAUGCCUAGCCUGAUACUGGUCACAACUCAGUAGUUAUGUCAGCUCACAAAGCCUAUCCUAUAGUUAGCCAUAGAAAGACGUGUGCUCAAAGGCUUCUGCACUGCAGAUUUAGGUUCUGCUUGCUUGGUAGCCAGUAACACAGACUUGGCAAUGGAUGGACUUCUUUCUUAUCUCUGCAGCUCAUUCAGAGCAGUUCCAGCUGAGAAGCUAUACCCAUUCAUCUCCCUGAGGAAGCUUGUGGUGGGCUGUGUCAGCAGCGACAAAUUCUUACCUUGUCUACUGCUUUGAAUGAUUCCGGAUUCAGAGGUUUUGCCUCUAUGGCAAUGAUAGCAAAAAAAUAAAAGGGCAGUAGGAUUGCAGGAGGGGGAUAAAGGUGGGAAAGUAUAGUGACAAAGGGGGAGAUUGCUGUGAGGGAAAUCAGGAAGUAGGUUUGGAGCAAGAUUGCAAAUGGAGUACCUUUGUUCUGAAUACUGUUGUUACAUUUUUAUUUCAGCAAACUGAGGGAAAAUAAGAAAACAGCAGAGCUGAUUAAAACUGCCAAUCUUCUGUUCAAUUCUUUUGAGCCUUACUAUAUGUGGGAUUACAUUGCCCGUUGGUUUGAAGAAUGUUGUAGGUAAGUUAUAUUUCACUGAAGAUGUUUUGUGUACUGUUGUGUCCUGGUAGAGGAGCACAAUUGAGUUGAUACACUUACGUUUUUUUUAAAAAAACCUAUAUACUGUGCUUCUAAGUUGUCAAAGUAUGCUGUAUAGAUCUUUUAGAAAGAGGAAUCUCUCUAUACGUAGAUUGUUACUUUACUCUUUGUGUCAGUUUCCAUGUGCAUGUGUGUCGUGUUAUGCUUCAGUGCCUGGUGACUUGCAGCUGAAUGUGUGAACUGAUUCCGUUGCAAAUCAUUACUUCGAGGAUAUUUGCGGUGCUACAUAUCUGUCUGUGGUUAUUAAUCUAUCUGACGGAUGUAGAACCUGUGGCCCUCCAGAUUUCGCUAGACUACAACUCCCAUAAUCUCUGACCAUUGGCCAGGCUGGCUGAAGCUAAUGGGAGUUGUAGUUCGACAACUUCAGCAGGGCCAAAUAUCCUGCUAAUAUUACUAGUUACACAGCCACACUGCUACCAAUGAAUAAAUUAUGCUUUGAAUUCAUAGGAGGACACUGCAUGCCCGACUACAGACUGUGCCUGGAGGUGGUAGUGAACCUGCUGAACUCCCCCUUACCAAUUUCUGCCUGCUAGUUGAUUUUUUGUUGGAUAUAGUAUCUUUGGUAAGAUUUCUACUGCUCGCAACUUGGUUCUCCUCCCACUACUCUGUGGUUUUCUAAGCUAGGUAACCCUCCAUGUGGCAUGAAAGAGGUCUUUAAUCCAGCAAAGUGGGCAGGCAUUGCUUCAAAAGUGAUAUGAUAGGGGCUGGAUGGGGAACCUGGGGGCCAAAUGCAGCCCUCUGGUCCUUUCUGUCUGGCUCGUCCAACUCUCCCCAGGCCAAGGCCCUUCCUUGCUUGUUUUUGCAUGGUUGAAAUGUGUCUUCACCUCCGAUGACCCUUGCUUGUCUAGAUCAGUGUUUCCCAACCUUGGGCCUCCAGCUGUUUUUGAACUACAAUUCCCAUCAUCCCUGACCACUGGUCUUGCUAGCUAGGGAUGAUGGGAGUUGUAGUCCAAAAACAGCUGGAGGCCCAAGGUCUAGAUGGACGAUAGACAGGGAUGUCUUGGAGUGUAUAGAAACUAGCUAACCUUGCAGAGCUAAAACUCUUCUACAUUGCUCUUCCCACUUUUCUGUCUGGCCUCGGCCCCCUCACAGUCACGUGGCCCCUGGAAGACUCCCCUGAGGGGAAGACAUUCCCCUUGCAGUAGGGUCUUAAUUUUAAGAAUGAGAUUUUAUCACACAGAGAUCAUUCUUCUGUUUAUUAUUUGAUUGUGGGCUCAGCCUCACUUCUUUCUCUUGCAUCCCUCCUCCUUUGUCUAUUACUAUGCUAAUUGACAGCAGGAUAUGUGGCGCUGUGAUUUCGUUAAACUUGUUAGAUAGCAGUUGUUUUUUAUGCAUGCCGCAAUCAUAUUUCUCUAUCAACAUUGUGUAUCUUAAUGAAGGCUCUUAGAAAUGUUUUGGGUUUUUUGCCUCCUGUUAUCUCUCCUUUGUCUUCAAACUCUUUGCUUUCUCAUUUCAAAGCCUACUAGAAGUAUGAGAGUGCUUUGUCAGGUAUGACAUUCAGACUGUUUUCCUCUUUUGAUUAAAAGUGAUCCGUUUACAUGUUUCUGACAGUAUAUAUUUUGGUAAUAUUAAAUGUGAAAGAAUCGUGAAUAUUUGAUUGCCCUCUGUGGAUUUGUUAUCAGUUUGUAGUUUUAGAGUGUUUUCAAACAACCGUUUUUUUACACAAUAAAUGCACAUUUGUUUCUCACUUUCAUCAGACACACCGAGUUGCGCUUCUUUUGGGAGUUUUAUCACAUUUUCCAAGCCCGCAAAUCACUACAGCUUAAUGCAGUUCCCCAGAUAUUGCUUUCUUUGCUGUUAUAACAACUGUGUCAAAUGUAGAUUAAACAGCAGGGAGAAUAACCAUCCUUCCUGAAAUAUUUUAAAGACUGUGCUGCUUACUCUUCUGUGCUUGUACAUACAUGCAACCUGUUCAUUUAUAAAUACACAUAAGUAGGCAUGCUUAGGGGUGUCAACUUGAAUAAAAAAGGGGGGGGCAGAUAUGCCCCGCCCCACAUAAUUGAUCACAUGACAUGGUGCAUGCACACCAUUUGAAUGGCAAUGCCCAUCAACUUGGGUGGGGCUCAGCCCCUUCAAAUAUUUUAGGGGGAGCCAAAGCCUCCCUGGCCCCUAAGAGUUGGCUUCUAUGCACAUGAUAGAUAGAUACACAGAUAUACACAGGUCUCUAUUCAGCAAAUAGCAGCAGAGGUUCUCUAAACAUCCCCAUAAAACCCAUUUUCCCACAGCAUGACUAUCCCCUGCAUAUUGUGACUGAAUUUGUUAAGUGAGCAAGAUUUAAUAUUAUAAAUUCAUAUAUAUAACAUGAGUGAUCCCCAGUGUUGUGCCAAGCUGGUUUCCCCUUCCUUUCCUCCCUUUUGCAGCCCUCCAUGCUCCCCCUGCCAUCUGAUCCAAGAUGUCUCCCACCCCUCAAAAGCAGAUUGGGAGGCUGUAGGGAGAGGGAGGGGAAGCCCCUGUUGCACCACUGGCAGUGCUCCCUGCUAGUGGACAAACAGAAUUAGCUAUCACCCCAUGUUUAAAAGUUGUUGCUUUUUAACCAAGUCUUCAUUUCCUUUCUUUUUUCAAAUUUCGUAAAAAUAGAACUAUUGAAACUUGUAGCUAAAGUCCAUAGAAAGGAUAAAUUACAGAAGCCAUUGAUACCAGUUCUAAUUGUAUUUUGUUGCUAGGAGACCUAUAUUGAAAUACAAACGGAACAUCUGCCUCAGCUGCUACUCAGGAUGAUCUCUGCCUUGACGAGCCACCUGCAGACUUUGCACUUGUCUGAGCUAGCGGAUUCCUUGAAACUCUGCUCAAAGAUUCUUAGCAAAGUUCAGCCUCCACUGUUGUCCGCUGGUACUGACGGUGCCUUGCAGUUUCCGAGCAGGCACAGCAUCGUCAAAGAAUGGGAAGAAAGAAAGGUAAUACAGAAAAUAUUCUUCUUGUUUCGUUUUUAAAAAUAAACAGCUCCAACUUUUGAAACGGUUGCUAUAAGCUUAGCUCCCAUUCUGUUGCUUUAAAACCUGUGGCCUACUUCAAGAGUGGACUGGCAACUACAUAUGCACCUUGCAGGCUUUAUAUUAGAAAAAAGAUAGCUUCGUGUGCCAUGUGCACCAGGAACACAGAAAGGCUUAAGAAGUUAGGAAUAUGCAUGCAUAUUUUUGUUUGUUUGUUUCCCCGGAAGUGUAAAAGACCUGAUCCAUAAGUUCAGAGGCUCUGCUCUGUGUGCACCUGCCAAGUGAAGUGAGACAAGUGGCUACUAGGAACGGGGCCUUCUCGGUGGUGGCACUUUGGCUGUAGGAAACUCUCCCAGAGAGGCCUGCCUGCCACCUGUAUGGAAUCCCAUCAAAUUUGGUGAGGAUCCCUUAAGUGGUGGUGGCAAAAAAUCACUGUGGGUUGUGGAGACUGGUUUUCUGAACUCACCUGCUCUUAAACUAUAAACAAAAGACAAAUGCAGUGAGAUGUGCAGCUGGUGAAAAUGAGAGAACAACAUUUGCUAACACACAAAAUGACACGGUUUGCUUUCCCCCUCUGAUUUUAUUCAGCUCUUGCUCCUUCCUUACUCUUGUCUCAAUUAGAUGCCACCAGUUUCUGCAGAGAACCCAAACGAUGUGUUUGAAGAUGGUGAAAAUCCUCCAAGCAGCCGGUCCUCCGAAAGUGGCUUUACCGAGUUUGUGCAGUAUCAGGCAGAUACGACUGAUGACAUUGACAGGAUGCUGAGUGGGGGGUCUGGAACAACUGGCCUCCCCAUUAUAGGCAGCACUUCUUCAGAGACUGAGACAGUUUCCACUCUGGGUUCUGAGGAAACAGUUGUUCAGCCGUCUUCCAAGAUGGCCCAGGGGACAGGAUCUCGAAGUGGGAAGACAACAACAGUUCAGAAGACUGCAAUGCAGUGCUGUUUGGAGUAUGUCCAGCAGUUUUUAACCAGAUUUAUCAACCUGUACAUCAUUCCAAGCAACUCCUUGUCUCGGCCUUUAGCAGCUGAGCUUCAGGAGGACCUCGUCAGGGGGAAAGGAGAGGCUGCACAGUGUACCAGAGAGUCACAAGGGGAUGCAGCUAAAGGGAAAAGGACCACUAAGAAGACAUCGCCAAAAGAAUACCUCUCUGCCUUCAUUGCUGCAUGUCAGCUCUUCCUUGAGUGCUCAAGUUUUCCAGUUUACAUUGCAGAGGGAAACCACACAUCAGAAAUACAUGCUGAGCAGACAGAUAUUGGUGAGUAAUUUCCUACAUUUUAAUCUCCUCCCCAUUAAAACUUCCUUUCAGGUUUGAUCUUUCACUUUUUGUAAAACCAGUUUUGACUACCUUUUGUUUCUCUUUCUCUCGUUGUGCACAAACCCAGUUCUCCUAUUCUUUAUUAUUAUUAUUUUUUAAAGAAAUGUUUCCUAGUAAAAAAAGGGCUUGAUGGGAGGUAUACUGGGUUUUGAUUUGGGUAAUUGUUGGAAUGGAUUUGCUUCAGACUUUGAAACCAAUCCUGCUUAAUUCCUAUCAGUAUGUAUGUUUGACAUUGGGAUACAUCAGAUGUAAAUUGAUGCACUUCCAGUGUAUUUUUGGUGUAGGUUAUUCUUACACUUCACAUCUGCUGUGUGAUAUGGUUGCUUGCAGUUAAUAAGCUCCUGUAUUGAGUACCUAAUACAUAUGAAAACUUCACAGCUUUGUUGAUGCAUACAAAGUAUCUCAUCUUUCGAAAGAAGGUUGGGGGGCCAGAAGUAGUAUUCUGUGUCAGUUAGUCUCAAAGAACAGGCAUUCAUUUCCUCUGGGGCUUCUGAAGCUUUGUUUUCUGAAAUCCAAAGUCUCAUAUGGAAGCAUUGAAACUGCCUUACCCCAGGUCAGAUUAUUUGUCAAUCAAUCCCUGUGCUGUCUGCUCACACUGGCACUGGCUCUGCAGGGUCUCAGGUGUAGCUGGGCCUUUCCCACCUCCUGGUCCUAUUAGCUAGAGAUGUUGGGGGUUGAGCCUGAGAACCUUCUUCAUGUUCUGAGUUUCUGUUCCCCAAGACCUCAUCCCAAGGGGCCCACUGUGAAGCACUUUUGUACAAUCCGUGUGAGGUUACUGACACACCCCCACAGCCAACCUGAGGUUUACGUAGUUGAAAUAAUAGCCAUAUCAUUAAAGUAGCUCCAUUCCAGUGACACGGAUGGUGUGCAGUUGCUACUCCAUCUUUCAUAUUAGAGUUUUGGUUUAUUAUUCUACUCCCUCCAGAUGUUGUUGGACUACAACUCCCAUCACCCCCAACCAUUGACCUUGCUGGCUGAGGUUGAUGGGAGUUGUAGCCCAGCAAAAUCUGGAGGAUGUGACAUUGGCUAUUCCUACUAUAUCUUGCCACCUUUUUGUUGUUCAGUUUCAUGUCAGGUGUUUUUGGUUUUUUUUUAGCACAGAUUAUAGUUGUCAUGCCUAAGGACCUAUAUAUAUGUUGCAUAUAGAUAAAGAAGCAGGAAUAGAAGGGAUGAUUGUGGAAAGCAGCUAAUUCAUGGUUGGAGGGCAAUUAAUUCAUUUAGACUUGGGAAUUCUGAUGCGUGUACUUAGCCCAUGAACCUUCAACCUCUGCUUUCAGUGGAGUCUGCAGAUCAGCAGGCACAUUCAGAUCUGAUAUCUCCAUUGAAAUAAAUGGAACAGUCCAUGCGUUGCACACAAUAAACCCAUUGAAAUCAAUGGACUUAAACAAGUCAUGUCUUCUGAUUCAGUCAGUCUACUUGAGUAUUACUUAGUUGGAUACAACCCCAUGUGUGCAAAUCAGGCGUACAUCUUAGUUCUAGGAUGGGGACCAUAUUUGUAUUACUGCUUCCCUUCAUUCCUUUUAUCAUUUUUAGACGGCAAUUAAUCUCUCAUUCCUCCUGUUCAACAUUAUCUGUGUGAUAUGGUUGCUUGUCAUGAUCCCUUGAGAUCCAUUACAAAUUUAGAUGGGGGCCGUGAUCCAUUUCAGUAUGCCCAAGUGCCUACUGCAUAUACGCAUCAGAAUUUUUAAAAAUUAAAAUAUCAAAAAGCAGCCUCUCCAUACUACAUCUGAAACUGCUUUUGAACCCUGAUUUUCAAAAGCAGCCUACCUGUUUGGGGUAGCACAGGGCUGGUCUGCUGUUUGAAGGUAGGCCAUCAAAAGCCCAGCUUGACAUGCAGAGUAAACUGUGGUACAUUUCUGCAAAGUCUUUCCCCCCCGCCCAUUCUACUUUUCCCAUUAGAGUUUAACCUAUUUGAAGUAGCUGGUGGUGGUACAGUAGAUAUGCAAGAUGGAGGGGUGGUGGGUGGGAAUAAAUAUAAUUUUCCAAUAUAAGAGGAACUGCUUUUUUUGAAUAGAAGCCAUUUCCUUUCAGAUUGUGAAGAAGAGCAGCCCCCCUUGUGGCUCCAGACUCUUAUGGGUGCUUGCAGACAAGCCAGUGAUUUCAGCAUCCAAGGUGUCACUAUUUCUUUAAUAAUGGACUUAGUGGGAUUGACUCAGUCCGUUGCUUUUGUCACUGGAGAAAAUCUGAAUAGUGUGGAAGCGCCACAACCUCUGAGUCCAAACCAAGGAAGAGUGGCUGUUGUGAUCAGACCUCCUCUCACUCAAGGCAACCUCCGAUACAUGGCUGAAAAGACAGAUUUUUUCAAGGUACAGUAAAACAGUCAUACAGCUUCCGUAAUGAUAAAAAUGUGCCAGGCCGAAGAACCUCUGCAACAUUUAUUUUCACUUUCUACAAAGCCUGAUUAGUUCUUAGGUGGUGGUUUAAAGCAAGUUCUAACUGGGAAAGUAAGCCAGCUGCAUAACCUAUGGUUUGAAGUUGGCUUGUUCAGAAACUUUGAAUUUUUUUUUAAUUGUAUUUAGACAAGGUUAUGUCCUUAAAUUCUAUUGAUUUUUGGCAGGACUUAUGCAGAAGCUUGUCAAGUGGGGCACAGCUACUAUGCUAGCAUCCCAGCAGGUGGGUUGUUGUUGCAUAUUCGUGAGGCAGCAGGGAGGGUGGCAUGGUGCAAACACACCAGCGAGCCAGUCUGGUGCUCCUGCCAAUCUGUUAGCACCACACUGACCUCCCUAAUACCUCCCCCUUCCACCUUCCAGCAGUGAUCUGCCUACUGGGAAACUAGCACAGCAGUUCUGUCCACCUGGUGACCCACUUCUGAACUUCAGAGGUACUUAAUUUCUAAGUACUGCACCCAAACUUUGCACCUUACGAGACUGUUAUCACUGCUUUGGGUUAAAUGAAACUUAAUACAUUGCUCUGAAGCUGAUUACUCACUACACUACUUGUUAAGCAUUUUACCAACAAUCCUGAUAAGAGCAUAAGAACAGCCUGCUGAAUCAGGCCAAUGGUCCAUUUCGUCCAGCAUCCUGUUUUCACAGUGGCCCUUUGGAAGCCUGCCGGCAGGACAUGAGCGCAGCAGCACCCUGUUGUUCCACCCCCACCCCUGUCAAAGUCCACUGCACAGCACUUUCCCAGUGUCUGACAGCCAGCUAGUUAUGGGGCGCUUGGGAAACCCAGCACAAGGGGCUUUGCUGCUGCUGUGGCACCAAGCGGUUUGCAAUGAAACUGCUGCUAAAACAGAUGUUGUUAUUGCAUUUUACAGAAAUUUCUUUCUGGGCCUUAUAAAGGCUUGGACCUCAAAACUCAUGGGUGGACCUCUGCUUGAACAGUGAGGCUUUUUCAUGCUAACCUCCCUGCGCAACCCCCUGAAAGCCACUUUUGAGGGACAGAGGACCCUGUGGAAGAAUAUAGGAUGUGUUGGGGUGGAAGCAAGGGGAUAGACUUGGCAGAAAUCGGGGGAAACCUGGUAAAAGCAGAAGUGCCUUCUCAUUGUAGAGGAGCACCUACAUCACAUUUGGAUCUCAGUGUUUUUCUACAUCAGCUGGGCUACACCUAGGCAUCUCCCCCCAGCUGUUCACUCUGAUAAGACAGCUAUAACUGUGUCUGUGUGUAUUUCUCCUGUGUUCCUUUCCAAAGCAUGUGGCAUUAACACUAUGGGACCAGCUGGGUGAUGGAACUCCUCAACAUCACCAGAAGAGUGUGGAGCUUUUUUUCCAGUUGCACAAUCUAGUUCCGUCAUCUAGCAUUUGCGAGGAUGUUAUCAGUCAACAGUUGACCCACAGAGACAAGGUAAAUAUUGGCUCACAUGUAUUACGCUCUUUUGAGGUGUGCUAAAUUUGGAAUUGAGGCAGUGAAACUAUUUUAGAAUCCUAUAUUAUCAUUGCAGAUUAUGCAGGUAAAAUGCAAGACAUGGGAGCCUCACGGUGGUGUUGGUGAGGAACAGUGCAAUUCUUAUGCAGGCUACCUUCCUUCCUAACAGUAGUGUCUUAAUUAAAAAUAAUAAUAAAAUAAAUAAAAUAGUUCCUUCUUUCCAGUGUGGUUCUUUGCAACCAGGCUUGCUCUUCCUCUAAUUUUGUUCAGGUACUAUCUUUAGUCCAGCUUCUUGGAUGGCACUAAAUAAAUAACAAGCUUCAUACUGCUCUGCCCUCUUAUUUCUGCUUUCCUAUUCUGAUACUGUAUUGAGGGAAAGGUAUAAAAAGGAAAAUUGUGAACCAGAAGCUAGCUUGUGAUUUCAUUUAUGAUUUAACCGCAGCAAUCACUUGAUUAUAUGGUUUCCAUGUGUUCCGACUUGGCCUGAUUUAGAUUGCCACUUCCCUCCAUACUUCCUCCAGUGAAUUGUUUAACCAUGUUAUCUGUCUGUUUAUUCUGCAGAAAAUCAGGACAGAAGCUCAUGCCAAGUUUGCAGUGCUAUGGCACCUCACCAGAGACCUCCAUAUUAACAAGUCCUCAUCGUAUGGUCGCUCAUUUGACAGGUUGGUUGGAUUCAAAGAUAGUGCAAAAAUAUUCAGAGUUUAAUUGUCUCUACCCAGGAAGAGCCAUGUCGCUUUCUGACCUGGAAGGCAGCUCCUCUCCCAAUUCCAAAUGGAAAGAUAGCCCAGGGAGACCUCUGUCAUCUCUUAGACCUUUGCAGAGUCCUCCCAUUAUGCAGUAGAUGAAGUGUCUGUCAAGUUGUUCAACCAGGUUUCCCCAGCUGAAGAAACUAGCGGCUGAUGCCCAUAGUUACAACCAUUGUGGUUUUUAUUUGGAUUUUUUUUUUCCAUCCUCAGGUCCUUGUUUAUCAUGCUGGACAGCCUUAACAGUUUGGAUGGUUCUACCUGGUCAGUCGGUCAGGCCUGGUUAAAUCAAGUGCUCCAACGUCAUGACAUUGCAAGAGUCCUUGAACCUUUGCUUCUGUUGCUUCUCCACCCAAAAACUCAGCGCAUUUCUGUCCAGAGAGUGCAGGCUGAAUGUUACUGGAAUAAACCAUCUUGUUAUCCUGAGGAUGAAAAUGAAAAUAAUUUUAUGCAGAAAUUUAACUGUGGUGAUUGUAAGUACUGUGUUUAAAAACCCUAAUUUCACAUAUCUGCCUUACUAAUAUGCCUUUACAAUACUCCGUAAUACAGACAAUGACCAUUUUGUGCACGUUCAAGGCGGGCUUACAUACGCUCCCCCGUCUCGUGCGAUGACCCAGAACGCAACCCCCAAGCAAAUCGGGGGUUGCCUGCAUUUCCAUGUCAUAUCACAAAUGGAAUAUAUCCAUGAAUUAGUAGCUGGGCCAAUGCUGCGCAUGCCAUUACUGAUCCUGGAGAGGAUGGCGUGGAGUCUAGAAUGGUAUGAAAGGAAAAUGGAGUGCUCUGGUAGUAUUCUGUCCUGAUACCAUUUUCUUGAAGCAUCUCAAUUUAGACAUCAUACAGUGGUACCUCGGGUUACAUACGCUUCAGGUUACAGACUCCGCUAACCCAGAAAUAGUACCUCAGGUUAAGAACUUUGCUUCAGAAUGAGAACAGAAAUUGUGCUCCAGCGGCGCGGCAGCAGCAGGAGGCCCCAUUAGCUAAAGUGGUGCUUCAGGUUAAGAACAGUUUCAGGUUAAGAACGGACCUCCGGAACGAAUUAAGUACUUAACCAGAGGUACCACUGUAUUGGUUUAGAAGGGACUCGCCAAUAAUGGUAACAAUGCCACAAACUGAAGCAGAUACUGUCUUUGCUGAACAUUAUUUCUUUCCUAUUUUGUGGACUGUCAUCUAGUCUAAGAGUCUUAACUUAUUAUUAGAGUUAUUGAUAAGCUUGUUUAUCAAGAGGAAUUUAGUCCAAGUAUAUAAGUUAUGAACUGGGAAGUUAUUCACUUACAUUUAUGAUAGAUUAUUGAUGAUCUGGUCAUCAGGUUAUAAUUUCUGUGUUUUACUAAACCAACCCUUUAAAAAUUAAUUCUGGUAUGGAUUGUUUUCUGUUUAUUACUCAUCCACAAUGCACUACUGCACAAUGUAAUUUAUUCUCUAACUUAAUGUGGAAUUCUUGACAUGCCAGAUGAGGACCUAAUUAAACCGUAAACCAAGCACAAUGUUUUUAUAUUCCCCCCAAUACUUUAUCUUCUGCUUUUUUGAUCAAUUACUGAUGUCAAAGUCCAAUAGCAACAUUUAAUCAGAGGUCAAAUGCUUUGCUUUGCAGAUUUAGAACAUUUUUAAAAAUACGCAUUGAGUGCCUUUUGUACUUCUGUUAGUAAUUGCUCAUAUUUGCAACACAGAUGGGCCCUGAUCCAGAGCUCUGUUGGGUCUGUAAACCCAUCUACAGAGCAUUUAGAGUUAACUGAGGGAUAGCUACCUAAAUGUAAUUUAUACAGCCUCUGAAUAGGACUCUUGUAUAUUAACUUGUAAACGAUCAGAGUGGACUGUCUGUAAAGCUGCUUUAGCAAGGAAGGAAUGUUACAUGAUUUAGGGAACUAAUUGUUCAGUGCCUGUAGAAAAACAUCACAUCUGAAUUCCCUUUUUCUUUUAAGCAUUUGCCCACAUGCCGGUAAGUCAGGAACAAGACAUUACUGCUAAAGAGAACAAUGAAAAGCAACUUGCCAUGGAUGAAAUGGAGAACUUCAGUCUUACAGUCAACCCAUUAAGUGACAGGAUCUCCCUACUGAGUACCAGCAGUGAAACUCUUCCUAUGGUUGCAUCUGAUUUUGAUCUUCCCGACCAUCAGAUAGAAAUAAUGCAGAGUUCUGACUCUGGCUGUUCCCAGUCAUCUGCUGGGGAUAACCUAAGCUUCGAGGCAGAAGCUGAAAGCCUGAUGGCAACAGACAGUUCUCAGCAUUUGAGGGGAGAUUCGCCGGAUGAAAUUGUCCAGCAGGUGGUCACUGACUUGAUAUGCAAGGUUGUCAGUGGGCUUGGAGAAGAUACCGAACCAGGUAAGCAUUACCUGUAUUCAGAAGAUGCCUCCACUAAGCUAAAUGCUUUGGAUCCCUCCGAAGAGGCUGCUAAAACUGAAGACCCAAACAUUCAAGACAGCCAGAGCAGUUUGCUUAGCAAUGACAGUUCUCAAUUGCUAUCUGCCUCGACCGAGACGGGACUGGACAGCAUUUCCAAUGAAAUCUCCAGAAACAAUUCCUCUCCUUGCAUCUCAGUAAGCGAGCAGAGUCUCUGUGACCCGAUUUCUGCAUCAGCGGAAACCAAGUCUAGGCAGAGAAGUCACAGCAGCAUCCAGUUCAGCUUUAAAGGGAAAUUCCCUGAAAAAACAUCGGAGAAAGAAACCAUCGUGAAAGAGUCUGGUAAGCAGCCGGGAGCAAAGCCCAAAGUCAAAAUAGCCAAGAGGAAAGACGACGAGAAGAAGAAGGCGCAAGCUGAGAAGCUUAAACAAACCAGCGUUUUCUUCACCGAUGGCCUCGACUUGGAAAAUUGGUACAGCUGCGGAGAGGGAGAGAUCUCGGAAAUUGAGAGUGACGCAGGGUCACCAGGAAUGCGAAAGUCGCCCCACUUUAAUAUCCAUCCUUUAUACCAGCAUGUGCUGUUGUACCUUCAGGUGUAUGACUCCUCAAGGACUCUCUAUGCUUUCUCUGCCAUUAAAGCCAUCUUGAAAACAAACCCUUCCGCUUUUGUGAAUGCCAUCUCCACCACCAGCGUCAACAAUGCCUAUACCCCACAGCUGUCCUUACUUCAGAAUCUUUUGGCCAGACAUCGCAUAUCGGUUAUGGGCAAAGACUUCUACAGCCAUAUCCCAGUGGACUCGAACCAUAAUUUCCGUAGUUCCAUGUACAUAGAGAUCCUCAUUUCUCUGUGCUUGUACUACAUGCGGAGCCACUAUCCAACCCACGUGAAAGUCUCCCCGCAAGACCUGAUAGGGAACCGCAACAUGCAGAUGAUGAGCAUUGAGAUUUUGACCCUUCUCUUCGCCGAGCUGGCCAAAGUGGUGGAGAGUUCCACAAAGGGCUUUCCCAGCUUCAUCUCGGACAUGCUGUCCAAAUGCAAGGUGCAGAAAGUGGUUCUGCACUGUUUGCUCUCCUCCAUCUUCAGCGCCCAGAAGUGGCACAGCGAGAAGGUCGCUGGGAAAAAUAUGGUGGCCAUUGAGGAAGGCUACUCUGAAGACAGCCUCAUCAAUUUCUCCGAGGACGAGCUUGACAACGGCAGCACCCUGCAGUCGCAGCUCUUGAAAGUCCUCCAGCGGCUCAUUGUCCUGGAGCACAGAGUGAUGACUGUGCCCGAGGAGAACGAGGCGGGCUUUGAGUUUGUCGUGACGGACUUGGAGCACAUCAACCCCCAGCAGCCAAUGACUUCCCUUCAGUAUUUGCACUCUCAGCCAAUCACCUCCCAAGGCAUGUUUCUCUGUGCCGUGAUAAGAGCGUUGCACCAGCACUGUGCCUGUAAAAUGCAUCCCCAGUGGAUAGGACUCAUUACUGCUUCCCUGCCUUACAUGGGGAAGGUGCUCCAAAGAGUGGUGGUUUCUGUGACCCUCCAGCUUUGCCGGAACCUGGACAACCUGAUUCAGCAGUACAGAUACGAAACAGGAUUAUCCAGCAGCAGGCAUGUGUCUCUCUUUCUCUUGGCAGUUUUUUUUAAAUGUUUAAUUUGUUCCGUUCAGAAUUGCAACAAAUUCAAUGUUGUGUUUUAGGCCCCUUUGGAUGGCAUCAGUUACUCCACCAGAUAUGAUGCUCACUCUGCUGGAGGGCAUUACAACUGUCAUUCACUAUUGCUUGUUGGAUCCAACUGCACAGUAUCACCAGGUAAGCAUGUUCAAGGGUUUGACCGUGUCUUUGUCUAUGCAUGUGUUUUAACUGUAACAUUUAUUUUUGUCAUUUGAGAGGGAGGAAACCAUUAUUGAAUUGACCAUACCUCUAAAUCAGGGUUUCCCAAACCUGGGUCUCCAGCUGUUUUUGGACUACAGUUCCUAUCAUUCCUGACCACUGCUAGCUAGGGAUGAUGGGAGUUGUAGUCCAAAACCAACUGGAAACCCUGCUAUAGAUCCUUUGCUUAUGAGAACAGUUUAGGAGCCCAUAAUUUGCUGUGUUCUGUAGUGGCACCCAGUAAGUCUGUACAUUGCAUGGUUUCCUUACAACUCAUGUGCAUUGGGUUGGUUUAACAGCAGUGCUAAUUCUGGGUACAGACCUUAGGGCCAGCCCAAGACACUUGCUUCUUGAUGUAGAGCAGGACAUGGCGCCGACCUGAGGACGAGGAAUGUAGUACCCAUGGUUGUCAAGUUAUUUUGGCACCUGAGGCUGAAAGUGACACAAGCAUCUCUCCAUCCCUGGAAAUAAAAACACUUUAAUAAUAAAUGAAAUGAAUGACAAUUUGCUACCCCUUUUUGAUGUGCAGAUGCUUAAUGAUAGGGUCGGCCCUAAUAUACCUACUGCCAUGAAGCAUAGGAAACUAUUAGUGUUAUGCCUAUAUUUUAAAGUUCUAAGCCUUCGACUCAGUGCACACUAAGAGGGAGAGGAGAGACCCAAAGUGAGAAAAGGCAGAAUUGUACCUGCAUGGAGGAGGUAGGCACUUUCCUGUAUCACUGAGAGUAAUUGAUAUAUUUUGCUCUUCUUUGUUGGUACCAGCUUCUGGUGACUGUAGACCAAAAGCAUAUGCUAGAAGCACGCAGUGGGAUCUUGUCUAUCCUUCACAUGAUCAUGUCAUCUGUGACUCUUCUGUGGAGCAUCCUGCACCAGGCAGACUCUUCAGAGAAAACAGCUGCUGCAGCUGCUGCAUCCAUUACCACCAUUAAUCUUGGAUCAACAAAGGUCAGAAGAACAUGAAUGGUCCUGUGUGUGUCUGCAUACUGUGUGUGUAUGACUUUGUCAGACUAGAUUGAGUUGUGUCUGUUUGAAUGUAACCUACAAAGCGUUUAGUAAAUCGCCAGCACAGAACCUGAAGAACCACCAGCAACCCUGCAGGUUAACAGAGGGCAAACUCUGACUCCAAGUUCCUCUUAAAAUUUCCCCAUAUCCAGCCUUAGCCACUGAUACCAAACAUCCACAAAUUUUAUUCUAUUUCUGUUUGCAGUGGGAAUGUAUCCCUUGCAAGCCCCAUUUCAUUUUAUAUCAUCACCAGCACUUACAUUCUCCAAUGAUAAUAUUUAUUCGGGAAUUGAAUAAGCUGAGGGGAAUUCUGUUAUGAUAGAAGCUACAAAUGAAGAAACAAAUUCUUUAUUUCUUAACAGCAUUUCAACAUGAAAGAUCUAGCCCAGGUGUCAGCAGGGGGCCGGUCCACUGUCCCUCAGACCUUGUGGGGGGCCGGUCUAUAUUUUUUUGGGGGGGGGAUGAACGAAUUCAUAGGCAGGCCAUUUCUCUACCAGAUAUUCAGCUGUAGUUCAUUCAGUUUCUAGGUGAUUGUAACAUAUAUUAAGUUUUCAGGUACUUACUUUCAUAUGUGGUGGUCAUGUGAGAAGAUAUAGGAAUUCUGUAUAAAUGAAUAUAUGAAAUGAGACUUGUCCGAUGCUAGACUUAGAUCUCAGGAUGGUAUUAUUAUCCAUAUUUGAUGACAGAAGUCAAAAUGUUACAAAUAAGAACUUACUUAAAUUAAGCAGCAUGUUUGACAAUAGCUUGAAGAUAGAUUUAGGUGACAACGAUUUCUCUGAAUAGCACCAACAAACUUGGAAAAAAAACCCCACUGAGUUUAAGAAAUUAUUAGGUUACAUUUCCAUAUCUUUACAGUCAGUGGACAAUAGCAAAAUACUCUGGGUGCAUAGUUUAAUAAUGGGGAUGAUCUUUAAAUUUCAGAACCUGAGGCAGCAGAUUCUUGAAUUGCUGGGCCCUAUCUCAAUGAAUCACGGCGUUCAUUUUAUGGCAGCUAUUGCAUUUGUGUGGAAUGAAAGGAGGCAACACAAAAAUGCUUCAAGGACUAAGGUAUGUUAAGUAAUGCAGCCAUUUGAAAAUAAUUCCCAUCUUCUUUUCAAAUGGGUUAAAAUAUUAAGGUCCAGAUUGAGGUUCUUGGGGGUCAGGUGCUUUGUAUCCCUGGGAAGGCAAGUGGGGAGCCUGUCAGUCAGCCCAGUAAGUUUCAUUGAUCAGAUGUCCUAGAGGAGGGGAGGGGUAUCUUUUUCAGCCUAAAGGCCACUUUCUCUUGUAAUAAUAAUAAUAACUAUCUGGGAACUCCAUGCCAGAGGUGGGUGGAGCCAAUGCAAAAUAGAGGUGGAGUCCAUGAAAAAUUGUGCAGGGCCACACAAUGCAACCCAUGUAAUUUUGAAACUGUCAGGACUUCAGUGCUGGACUCAAUAGCAAUGUAUAAUACUUUUUAGGUCAUUCCUACAGCUAGUGAAGAACAGCUUCUGUUAGUGGAGCUGGUUCGUUCUAUCAGCGUUAUGAGAACUGAGACUGUUAUGCAAACAGUGAAAGAAGUCUUGAAGCAACCACCAGCAAUAGCCAAGGACAAGGUAUGGAAAUAACUUAAGCUUGCAUUUUUCAACAAAAGAAGUUGGUGUUACGAUGGCUAGGCUGUGUUUGACAAACAUUAAAGGUAAAGGACUCCUGAUAGUUACCGUAUUUUUCGCCCCAUAAGGCGCACCGCCCCAUAGGACGCACCUGAUUUUGGGGGGGGGGGGAAAUAAAGAAAAAAAACUAUUUCCCCCCCCCCCCCAGGCACGGGGCUGGCGCGGGGGAAGCCCGAGCUUCCCCCAAUCCCAGCCCCGAGAACAGCCUGCUAUCCGCAAGCCUAGGGAGGCCAGCGGUAAGUCGCGCCGGUCUCCCCAGGCUUCGGAAUGCAGGCAGCUCUGCGCAGCCAUCGGGAGGCGGGCGCGAAGUGGCGCCGGUCUCCUGCGGGUUGCGCAGAGCUUCCUGAAGCCUGCAGGCUUCAGCGAAAGCCUGCAUUCGCCCCAUAGGACGCACAGAUAUUUCCCCUUCAUUUUUGGAGGGGAAAAAGUGUGUCCUAUAGGGUGAAAAAUACGGUAAGUCCAGCCACAGACUACUCUGGGGUUGCGGCGCUCAUCUCGCUUUAUAGGCCGAGGGAGCUGGCAUUUGUGACUGUAAAACAAACAUACAUAUCCAAUGCAUUCAAUUAAAACAGGUGAAAUGUGUUGGAUUGCUGCUGCUUUAUGGGUAACUAAAUUAAUCAAUUUGCUUUGAUUACUGUAAUAGCUCAUGCUAGAUAGUUGUGGACACAACCUCAUUUAAUUUUGGAAAUGAAAAUGGAUGGCAGUUCUGAACCUAAAAGAUAAAUGGAGUUGACUUACUUAAGCCCAUUGAUUGCAGCAGGUUUACUCAGAAUAUAACAUAGUUGGGUGCAACCCUUUGAUAGGAACAUUAUUUCCAGCAUCCAGUAAAAAAGUUGGUGGCUCUAAAUUUCCCCAUUCUGCACCCCCCUCCUAGUUCUCAAAUGCCAGGAACGAUGGUAACUUGAAAUUGGCUGAGUUCCAAACCUACCUCUCCUUAUCAUAGAUUACCGCAACUGGCAUUCCAAGCUCCAGUUAAGCUUAGAAACCAAGGAAAUAUCUUGAGGGGAAAACCUUAAGAAAGACUGUAUGUAGCACUCAGACAAGGAAUCACUGUUUGUUAAAUUGAGCAAGGCUUAUUUUAUUAUUUUGUUUCCUGGCUUUUGAUGCACUUUGGUGGCCUUGAAAAAAAAUAUAACCGUUCUCUUUUAAUACUUUGCUUCUAAAUCUUUCUAGAAGCACCUUUCAUUGGAAGUCUGCAUGCUGCAGUUUUUCUUUGCGUACAUUCAGAGGUAAGACAGUGAGUGGUUAUGGGUACGUUUCUUUUCUCCUGUGUCACCAGAUGAGAUGUUUGCUCUGUGAGGGCAUGCUUUGUGCAGUGGUUCCAUUCAGUUUUUUUAAGCAGGUUUUGAGAACUUCAGGUUAAAAGUGUCAGAAGAGAAGCUGGAACCUAAUUCCAUCUUUUGGGAAAUUAGCCUCUUUCUCAAGUUGGAAAAUCUGCAGGAUUAUUUUCUGGUGUCCCAUUUCCUCUAGAGUUCUUUUAUCUUACCUGUUGGGUCGUUCACUGAGAGAAAACACCAGUGUUAGCUUUCAGUGUUUAUCCCAUUUGUUUGACAUUAGGCUGCAGUGUGAAGAAGUACUCUAAUGGCCUUUGGAAACCCAUAUGACCACCUCUUUUUUUUCCCUUGCAGAAUCCCAGUGUCCAAUGUAGUCGACAGCUGGGCCUCAUUAUUGCUUCUUCUGAAGGAUUCCAUACAACUUGGCCUUCCAGCUCCAGGGCAGUUUCUCAUACUUGGGUGAGCUAUUUUGUUUGCAUGAGCACCAUCAGUUUUUCCUACUGAGAAAUGCCAAGAUCAUUUUUCAGAGACCUUAAAACAUUCUUGAUGAGUGAUAGGGAGUACCCAUGAUGAUUUUAAGAGAGAAGUUGAUCUCUUGCAUUUGGGGGACAUGUUGCUACCUCACAUUUGGAGAGGUGGCUUGGCCUUCGCAAGCAAGGCUGAAAUCCAGCAAAUGUCAUGUGUAACCCAACCCCUGUAACUGGCUCUAACAAAGAACCAUCAGCACAGCUUUACGUAGGCGACAGUAACCACAGUACUGCACCACAGUAAUUUAUUGAGGCCUCGUUCAGUUCAGAGCCCAUGAAUUUGAAUGUGAGAGUUAAACAUGUAUUUAAAGUGCUCUCAACAUCAGAACGGGGAAAGAAAUCCAAAAUGGUGCAAGCCCAAUGCACAAUGUGUUAUGAACCAGAGCUCUUUUAUAGAGGAGCAUUUUUUAUCAGAAGAUGACAACCUUUAUCAAACAGCAUGUGGGCAAGAGAAUGCUCUGAUCAGAAUUAACAAGCCUAAUCUUGUCUUUUGAUUAAAAUUAUUCUUAUUAAUAUGAAACAUGGCUCAAAAACACCAAGCUUGCACCAUUUUGGACCACCACUGCCCAUUUUGGUGUGUGUCAUGUAGAGAUGACCUAAAAAUCUGCAUGAAUCUGCUAAAAUAUCACUUUGUUGUAAUCCAAAACUUGGUUAUCCCAGACCUAAACCCUUGUGUCAGCUUGCCUCGUCCAUAAUAUCACCAUAACCUCAUGCAACCCCCGUGUUGUUUUGAUGCAUUUGGUAUAAUAGGUGAUAUCUCCACAUAUUUUGUUUCAGUGCAUUGAUAACCACAGUGUUGGUAUACAUUGCUGUAGAAAGUAUCAACAGUCACUUGUUUUAUCAUUUGGAUAAAUACACGGAGUGAAAUCCGAACUGCUACAUAAGGAUCUUCUGCUUAGUAACUGGAUCUCCCAGAGGGCUUCCCGUUCCUCUUCAAACAAUCUCCCUUCACCUGGCCCGCCACUUGCCCCCGAGAAGCCUCUUCCCAAAAUUGGGUGACCUUUUGGAGUUGCCUCCAGUGUAACGAGAGAUGCAGUCAACAUGGGAAAUUAGGCUCCUCCUUCUUUGCAUAUAGAUAGUCUUGAGCAUCUUUGCAUUUCUGCAGUUGUUGUCCCCUUGGUUUAAAUAUUUGGUCCAUCUGUUCUAUUCAAGCCUUCAUAUGAAAGUUUAUUUCUUCUUUUUUUUUAAAGCGUUUUAAAUGAGUUUAUAAUGAAAAACCCAAAUCUGGAUAAUAAGAAAGACCAGCGAGAUCUUCAGGUAAGAAAUUUAUGUCCUUAGUUACUUCUGAGUACAUAUGUGCUUUUUUAAAAUAAAAAAGCACCUUUGUAAGUGUAAUAUUUUGUUUUGUAGUACACCGAAGCUGGGUUUUACCUGGGUUGCUUCCCAAUUCUUUAGAAGGGAUACAUUCUUUAGAAGAGAUAACUUUAAUUAUUGAACUAGUAAAAAAAAAUGCUCUGAUUUCAGUCAGAUUUUUGUACACUUAAUUUCUAGGAAAUGUGUACUGUGAGUUCCAUGUUUAACAAGUGAAACUUGAAUCUGAUGGUGUUGUUGCUUAGAUGUGCCAUGCUUUGCUAUGUGAAGUGAACCAGCAAAUGAGGCCACCUCAGCUGUUUCUGGAUUACCUUUGGCCAGUCACUACUUAUGGGGAGCUGAUCUGACACCCGCUUGUCUGUUGUCACGCUGGCUGUUUAUCCUCAUCUGAUAGGCCCUCCCAUUGUCACUCUUUUCAUUCUCCCAAUCUGCUUUGCAAUCCUGACACAUCAAUGCACCAGGAUCCUUUUGCAUGUUCCCAUUGCACAGGUUUCCUCGAGGGGGCGGGUCCGAAACUUUUAAUUCUUGCGCCAUUGACAUUUGUAUAAACUCUGAGCGCUCUGAAUACCACUGAUCAGGCGACCCGUUGCACCGCGGCACUGCCUUACGCAUGCUCUCCAUCAUCCUUAUGCAGAAAUCGAUCAUGCAAGAAAAAGCAAUUACUACUUCUCUUGAUACCCAUGACUCUCUUCAUCAUCUUGCAUUUCUUCCCCUUGCCUCUUUCAGGAUGUAACCCACAAAAUAGUGGAUGCCAUUGGAGCCAUCGCUGGCUCGUCCCUGGAACAGACUACGUGGCUAAGGCGCAAUUUGGAGGUUAAACCAUCCCCCAAGAUCAUGGUUGAUGGAAACAAUUUGGAGUCUGACGUUGAAGGUGAUUUCCCGCCCCCUCCCUUCCCCCGCCCAACGUAUUUAAUCAGUAUCCAAAAUUGCUUCUGUUGAUGAUGACAGUACAGCAGAGAUGGGGAAACACUUUUGGCCUGAGGGCCUUAUUCUAACAUAACCGUAACAGGGCUGUUUUGUGCAAGCCACAGCCACCUGUCCAUUAUCUGAGGGACAGGUGAGCCUGGCUUCUCCAAAACAGCCUGAUGGGCCUAAUGAGGCAUGUGUCUUGUCCAUGCCCCACUGCUGCAGUAGAGCAAGGCUCCUGCUAUUUAAAUUCAUUUUACAUCUGAGGGCUGCAAACCUCUCUACCUGUGUAUCCCUAGCUAGUUAAGAAACCGUGUCCUAUAUCUGUUUGUCCAAUCCAGCAACCAGGCUAAUGGUCACACAGACCUUUAAAAAAAUCCCUUUGAAUGGCAUUUCUAGGCAGUUUUUAUUGAAACCAUUUUUUGGGGGGUCCAUUUUAAAGAUUUAUGAUGCCAGCUGACUGACAGGUGACUGAACCCACCUACCUGCGCAAUGUGGUCUGCAGGGCAUGUGCAGAUAAGGAUCUUCGCCUGCUGAGCUAAGGUUCCUUGCCCCUUGUUUAUGGUUUAGGAUUAUACCUUAACUCCCAUUCUGCCCUCCGGUUGGGGCCACUGCCGCAUCUGCAGCCCUGCUGCUUGUGGCCACAUUAGAAGGUAGGGUGAGAGCAGGAUGAAUUCCCCCAAUGCCUUUGCAUGAUGGCAUUGAGACCAUCUUGGGAUCUCACUUGCAUGUUUGGCAGUCAGCUCGUUGGUGUAGGAGAGUUGGGUAGAGGAAAACCUCUGCUCAUUCCAAACCCACCCCAGCCUGACAGAGUUUGGAUUGCUCUGUCUGUGUUGCAUAUGAACACAGCCUAUGUAAACAGUAUUUCUUUUUGGUUUUAUAAUGAUUCUUUAUUUUAAUUGAACCACAAGCAUCCAUUCUAUGGAAAAUAAUUAAGACAACUUGUUGAGAUUUUAGCUCCGCUAAAAAUCACAAGAUUUUGCAGGAUUAAAAAUAUCAAUGGUUGAAUGCAGAUAUAUUUAGUCAAAUUUCAGGUGGGAAAAGGGAAACUGGUGGAAUUUUAUCUCACAGCAUACAUCCCAGUGCUAACUUGUUUGAUGUACUGCAUAUUUAAAGACCUGUGGCUUCUUUUAAAAUGACUUUACAGAUAUUGACACAUGGAUUCAUGUCUUCGUUUUUUGUUCCCCACCCCCUCAAAAAAAAAUAAUGUUCAGAUAUGUUGUCUCCAGCUUUGGAAACCUCAAGCAUAACUCCAUCCGUUUAUAGUGUCCAUGCCUUAACGCUGCUGUCAGAAGUAAGUUCCCCCCCUUUUUAAUAGACUUUAAGAUAUUUGUUUGUAUAUAAAUAUAAGAGUUAACACAGAAAAGAACAGAGCAUUAUUUCACCACACUUGCACUUCUGGAAUUUUGGUAGGUGAAUAUUCAGAUGUGCAAGAAAGCACAUAUUUUUGAGCAGCGAGAAGCCUGGUGGGCCACACCUGGCCCCGGGACCUGAGGUUCCUCACACCUGCACUAGUGAAAGGCAAGGAACCUGAUUUUCAAUGAUCUCUCCUAUCCAGGGCAGGCUCUGGUGCUUCCCAAAAGCUUCUCCUUAGGUUCAGGGGAUCUUUUGGAGUAGUAUGGGAUAUAGCAUAAGUGGCUGCAGUUGGUAGGAGGGAUUAGUGAAAGUGGUGUGCCGCCUUAAGCUAACAGAAGGGCCUUUGCUAGCACAAAGCUACCAUUCAAAUCAGUGGGACUGAAUUUUGUUGUGGCUAAUUUAAGCCCCGUUGGUCUUAAUGGGCCUACUAUAAGCAUGAUUUAAGAUUGCAAUCCUAACCUCACUUACCUGGGAGUAAGCACCACUGAAUUCAAUAGAACUUACUUUUGAGAAGACAUGUUAGGAUUGCCUUGCAAAUCUUCAUCCAAGCCCAUGUCUCUGGAAAUAGUAGGGAAGGGAAUUGUCCAUGCAUGUGCUUUGGGGUAUAUUUUUUCCCUUUUAGCAGAAACAAAAUUGUGCUGAAAGAUAAUAUAGCUGUUGGCUCCCCACCCCCCACAAAAAAGCACACAUUACGCUCAGAAGUUGAUUUGGUCUUAAAACUGUCAGGUUCACGUGCUCAGUCUUGGACAGGAUUUCUCUGCUAGGGACCGAUUUGCAUCAGUGCUAAUGCAGCACAUUUGUCAGUAUGCAAUUCUUACCUGCUUUUGAGAGAAUGAAGAAAAAUCAUCUAUAUUUUUGGUGCUAUACUUAAGGAAUUUGUGGAUUUUUUUAAACAACCAUUUAGUUUUGAUAAGGUGAUAUUUCAAAGAGAACCUGUUAAAUAAUGUUUUCUUUGUGACGUUUUGAAAAUAAUGAAUAUAGCUGGAAACUGGGCAGUCAUCCAUUGAAAGGAUAUAUAGUACAGUAUUUAUAUAUUUUAUAUGGUUUGUAAGGGCAGAAAAUUGACAUUUUCAAUAUUUCUCUUCUCUUGUAGGUCUUGGCUCAUCUUUUGGAUAUGGUUUUCUACAGUGAUGAAAAAGAGCGAGUUAUUCCACUUCUUGUAAAUAUAAUGCACUAUGUUGUGCCUUAUCUUCGCAAUCACAGGUACCUCUACAAUUACAUGUACAACUUAUUUUAACUAUGAUGUACACUUUCAGUGAACUUACCAUUACAGUUUACAUAAAGUACUCUCUGGACGAGUUUUCCAAACAAGGAAAUGGUGAUUAACUGCUUCAGAACAAGCCAAGAUACUUAGCCAGCUUAAUAUCCUGAAGUGUUCGAAAGCUGUCUGCCAUAGUUUCCAGGCUUGAACAAAGCAGGGAACUAUAAUUCAUAUUAGUUAACUAGAUACAUUCUGGUUUGUUUGCUGGCUCUUGUGAAAAGGCUGUGUAUGUGGCCAAAGGCUCAUCUAUAUCUCUCCCUAUUAAGAUGAGAUUCUGUUGUUUGAAUGUGGUCCUUCUGUGCAGUCUUGAAAUGAGCAGUUAUAUGUAAGGAGCACUAAUACUUGCAGUGACAUAUGGCUCUACUCUGCAGGAAGGACUCCAAGGCUAGUGCUCCCCCACGCCAGAUAUUUCCUGCUAUCCCAUUCAUCUGCCCCACUUCCCUUCAUAGUAGAUUAAGGUCCUAUCUGGCAAUGAUUACAUCCUUGCUCCCCUAGUAGUUUUUUUUGCCACUUCCCCAACUGCUCUUCUGAGUGCACUUGUAUGAACUCAUGUUGACUAUUGAAAGAGUUCGGCACCAAAAGUAGCAGUCUGUAGUCUCCAACCUUUCCUGCUUGUUGGCAUUUGUGAGACAUUUUGCAUUUCAGCAGCCUAAAUUCUGAUUUUGCACAGUAACUCUGUAUUUUGCAGAUAGUGUUCAGGAAUAGCCCUUGAUACUAUAAUAUCAAGUCAGUUGCUGUCAAAAGCUUCACCAAACAAAAGCUUCAUCACUGAGCCUAUCACAAUGUAAACAUUCUGUGCUGUGUAUUACCAAUGGCAGGAAUUUUAUCUGUGUGGCGGACAGAUUCUGCUGACCUCGCCGCCAGAGGUGUAACUCACUUCAGCCACUUAGAUUUGCAUUACCAGGCUUGCUCUUUAUGUGGCGUAACUUUCUGGUGUAAGAUGCCUUGGUUUUUCCAGCUCUUUGCUUCAGGCUAGUUGUUGAAGAAAAAGGACCUCUUAGGCUACAGAUGACACAGAGCUGCUUGAAUGAAUAAGGCAUGUUUCCGACAAAUUAAGCUCUAAAUGCUUCACUCAGUGCAGAAGCAGAGAAAGUGUAGCCCUUCAGAUGUCGUUCGACUUCCAGUUCCCAACAGUCCCAACCAACAAGGCCAGCAGCCAACAUUGAUAAUGGGAGUAGUUGACUAGCCACAUCAAUAGUACCAUCAUGGUUGUGAUUAUGCAUGUGCACAGUGGAGGGUAGUGAUUUUCUAAUAAUGAAUUUUCUUUUUAGGUGCACCCCCUUGCACGGUGCUAAAGUCUGCUCUGGAGGGUUUACUAACAUCCAGGAGGAGCAUUUGAAGAGGAUGGGGCAUUCAGUGGGCAGUUGUAGGCCAGGAUCUGGUGUUGGGAUCCAAGCAAGAAUAAUUUCAAAUUGAUUUAAAGGUGCUGUGUUCUGACUGUUUUUGUGCAGGGUUUUUCUUACUUGAAAUCAUUUUGAAUUGGAUUUAUUUCCUUGUUCCAGUGCCCAUAACGCGCCCAGCUACCGAGCGUGUGUUCAGCUAUUAAGCAGCCUGAGCGGCUAUCAGUACACGAGGAGAGCGUGGAAAAAGGAAGCUUUUGACCUCUUUAUGGAUUCCAGUUUCUUUCAAAUGGAUGCUUCCUGUGUUAAUCAGUAAGGCUUUUUGUUGCUCCUGUUUGAUUUUAGUACCGGGGGGCGGAGGGAAGAAGAAGAAGAAGAAGAGUUUGGAUUUGAUAUCCCGCCUUUCACUCCCCUUCAGGAGUCUCUAACAUUCUCCUUUCCCUUCCUCCCCCACAACAAACACUCUGUGAGGUGAGUGGGGCUGAGAGACUUCAGAGAAGUGUGACUGGCCCAAGGUCACCCAGCAGCUGCAUGUGGAGGAGCGGAGACACGAACCCGGUUCCCCAGAUUACGAGACUACCGCUCUUAACCACUACACCACACUGGCUCUGGAAUAGAAUUGUUUCCCCAAGACAGUUCUUGUCAACAUGGGGCCUUCCAGAUGUUUUGGGACUCCAACUCCUAUUGGCUCCAGCCAGCAUGGCUGAUGUUCAGGGAUGAUGGGAGCUGAGGCCAGCAAUGUCUAGAAGGCACCACAUCAGCUCCCCAGCCUUAAGACAGCAUACUGACAAAAUUCUAGCAGUCUGCACUUUCCAGAUGACUAGAUACUCUCAUUUGCUUGUAUAAUCUUCUGUUGGCUGUUAGGUCUACACUAUAUAGCAACGUCACAACAGGGUUUCAGGCAGCUCUUUCACCAACCCCACCUGCAGAUUCUAGUGGUGAAACCUGAUGCCUUUUGCAUAAGGUGCGGCUGAACUUCGUUCCUCUGCUAUUUUCUCUCCAGUUCUUACAGAGCUUGUUUCUCCAAGUUCCCACAAUUUGCUAGUUCUGCACAUUCACUGCCUCUACUUGAUUCCAUGCACAUCUACCCAUAGCUUGGAUAGUGUGGUUGCUGAUUCCAGAAAGAGCUUCUCAAAUAGCCUUGGUUCAAGCUUGAUAAGGGCUACCAAUGACUAUAUUCUGCAACCAUUGUUGGAGACAGUAUGCCUCAGAAUACCAGUUCAGUUGCUGGGGAGUGUGCUGUUGCACUCAGUUCCUUCUUGUGGACUUCCUAGGCAUCUGGUUGGCCACUGUGAAAACAGGAUGUUGCACUAGAUUUCAUUUUGCCUGAUCCUGCAGCAUUCUUCUCAAGUUCUUGUAUCUUUUCUUUAUACUCUCCCCACCCCCUAACCCCAAGACUGUCAACAGAGGCAGCUGCUUGGUUCUUACAGAUCUGUACCAUUCAUAUACUGCGGGAUGUUAUUCUGACGUACAGAGCAGAAUUGUGAAAGGGGCAUGCGUCAAACUGACACUUUCCCUUUUCAUUUAAACCAAAAUAAAAUCCCAUGCUUUUAUUUGCAAUGACAAUAUCAUUUUAAAUUCUUUUUUAGUUGGAGAGCAAUCAUGGAUAAUUUGAUGACACAUGACAAAACCACGUUCAGAGAUCUGAUGAGUGAGUUCUGGCUUUUAACUCUGUGUACAAGAUCCACAGACACUUGCAUGUUUGGAAUCCAUUCUAAUAAUAUUAGCUAUCAUGUUGUAAAGAUUGAUUCUUCUGAUGUCUGCAUAAUGCAGGCAUCCCCAACCUGUGGCCCUCCAGAUGUUUUGGCCUACAACUCCCAUGAUCCCUAGCUAACAGGACCAGUGGUCGGGGAUGAUGGGAAUUGUAGUCCAAAACAUCCGGAGGGCCGCAGGUUGGUGAUGCCUGGCAUAAUGGUCCAAAUCACAACUCAUCUAAGCCAAGAAAGCUUGGGGUUUUUUUGGCAAAAACAGCAUAGGCAUGAUAGAUACUUUUUCAUUGACUUUGCCGUUGGAAGUAAUUUUGGUAAAUUUAUAUUGUUUCUGGUUUUGUGAAUUUAAUGUUUGUUUCGUUAAUAUCUUGAAUUUUUCCUUGCUCUCUCUGCCUUCAACUAGGGCUUUGUUGUUUGUAUGCAAGAUCCACCUGCCAAGUAGCCCACAAGAGUGUGUCUUAACUCAGAAUGCGUUGCAUCCCUUUUUUAAAAAAAGAAUGUAAAAUCACUUUUUAAAAAGUAUAUUCAGAGAAAAUUCUAGAGUAUUGAACACCAAGACUUAUUGAUUGAAGUGACUGCUGAAGUGUGAAUGGUGCCAGGUCUAUCCUACGAAUAGUUCCCUUGCUCUCAUGAAUAUAGGGAACAGUGGGAGAGUGCUGUGGCCCUCAUGUCCUGCCUUGGACAUCUCAUUGGCCACUGUGAGAAGCAGGAUGCUUGACUAGAUGGGCCUUCUUAAGAGAAAUGCACACAAACAGUGCAUUUAACUCAUAAAUAAGAUCCAUGUAGUGUAUAUGGUACCUGGCAUAUAUGUUUAAAGUGCAGAAUACAAUCUGGGCACUGACUUACGGCACUCAACUAGUGAUUUUAAUAACAUACUUUAAAUCAGCCUUUUCCAACCUGGAGUCCUGUGCCUGUUUUGAACUACUCCUGUCUCUGAGCCAAGAACUCUUGUCUUCACUAAAAGCACCUUCUCUGCUGCAUGAUUCCUUCUUUAGCACGUGUGGCUGUAGCUCAGAGCAGUUCGCUCAAUCUGUUUGCCAAUCGGGAUGUAGAACUGGAACAGCGUGCUAUGCUUCUGAAGAGGCUGGCCUUUGCCAUUUUUAGCAGUGAAGUGGACCAAUACCAGAAAUACCUUCCAGAUAUACAAGGUGAGUAAGAAUUUUAUCAUUUCUCUUGGAGGGGUAAAGUACAAGUGUCCUUUGCUUAACUAUUAUUAGUGCUUUAUGGAUGACAUGACCUCCCGGAGUUUCCUUUCCAUUAGCUUGCACCCUGGGGAGGUCACUUCAGUGCUGCAAAUGUGGUGGUUUGUCUUCACCUCUGGAGGCACACUCCCAUUGUCUCUCAAGGCGGAAGCAUGCCAACCAGUCAUGCUAGCUGGGCCACAUGGGAGUUGGAGUUUAUUAGUAUGUGGACUCCCAAGGACUCCCCACCCCCGAUUUAAACAGUAGUUAAAUCUUCUGCUCUGUGUAUUGGCACAUAAUUUGGGGCCAGCAGAACAAAGCAUACAAAAAAAAAAGUCCUGCUAACCUCUGGAUCAUACCAUUGGCUUGUUAUCAUGGUCUCUUAGAAACACAGUGAACUGUUUACUUGAAAACUGGUACAUCUCUCCCUCCUUCCCCCAGCACCUCUAAUAUUCUACAUUGAGGGGAGGUUUGUGUGGCAUGAGUUUAGCGUAGCUUUCCUAAAUACAAAUCAACUAAAGCUCAUACUAUUAAUCGGUUGUUGUUUUUUCAUUAACUGGGCUGCAGAUUUUUGAGCUACCAAAUCUGUGUUGAUUUUUCUGUUUCAGAAAGGCUGGUAGAAAGUCUCCGCCUGCCGCAAGUGCCCACUCUUCACUCCCAAGUGUUCCUCUUUUUCCGAGUUCUGCUCUUGAGAAUGUCUCCACAGCAUCUUACCUCGCUUUGGCCUACCAUGAUCACAGAAUUGGUGAGUUGCAACUGACUUUGGAACAUGGGGAAGCUUUUCUCUAUAUUAAAAAAAAAAGCCAAUUGUGGCGAUCACACACAGGGCCCCCGGACGUUUGACGGUCUAUUGACCCUGUGCCACCACUGCGAUUGCUUUUUCCGCUGCCACCACCCCGUAUCUCACGGGGACACACAGAGUCCAGUCAGUUGUUAACAUAAACAAAUAAUCAAGUUUAUUUUUAAAUGCGGGAACAAGCUUAUGGUUUCAGUUAAUUUUUCUCUUGACAGUUUCUUAUUCUUAGUUCCUAACAACUCCAAACUGAUUAUUCCCAACUAUCUAUCUGGCUCCACCUAACAAUUCCUCUCAUUCUCUCACAAUACAACUCUACCAACCCACUGCCUAUUCCUCCCUCUUCAACUCCCAAACCUCAACUGACUUUCAAAACCUCCCACUCUAACUUUUAUUCCCCCCUUGCAUUCUCCCUGGCCAAUCACAACAGACCUAUUUUAACCCUUUCCUUAUGACCCAUCCUAGGAGGCAAACGCCACACCAAUAAUUCAAUAUCUCUAUAGCCCAAGGUUAGCCAACACAGUGCCCUUCAGAUGUUGCUAGGAUACAAUUUCCAGCCAUUAGUGAUGAUGGGAGUAUAUCAUUGCUGGGGUACAAGCUUACAUGCUAUGUCAUGCAUAAGGAUACUGAAGUCACUUGUUUUGAGCAACCUGCAUGGAUCUUUCCCACCUGAUCAUUAGCCUGGAAGGAGGACAAUAAUUGAGUGGAAAAAAUCAGGUGUUUGUUCACAUGCAUACUACCACCACCACAUCACUGACAGUGAUGUAAGGGGGAUAUGAUUGGAAUGUCCAUUUGUUAAUUCUGUUUUUAAAAUUUGGUGUGUUGUUGUUGUUUUAAAAAACAAAACAAACUUCAGGUCCAAGUAUUUUUAUUGAUGGAACAGGAACUCACAGCUGAUGAAGAUAUCUCAAGGUAAUGUCAAUUUCUCUUCUCUCAUCUUAUUUGCAUAAUAGUUGAAAUAUACUGUCUGAUAGUCCAAUUAUUUUAUAUUACUCAUUUGGAAGGUUUUUCCCCCAGUCUUGCUAUGAAAACAGGAACAUAAUCGGUGCCAAUAAGCAGCAGUACACUUUUUCCCCCCAUUCCAGUUCAUGUUUAAUACGGCAAUCAGUUCACAAAGAUCAAAUUAGUCAGACAGGACCCUAUAUUGUAAAAGUAAAUCAGACUUUUGGUCUUGCUUCUUUAUCAGUACUAUUUACGCUAAAUUAUACGAACAAAGCAGAAGUGUAAUUUAGAACCACUAGCUGCAGCUAUCUUGUUAAAAUUGUUUGGUGUUUUCAGAAGGGUAAUAUAAAAGUUAUCCUCAUAGAGAAUUAAUUGUUCCAGUUCAUUUAAAGUAUACGCUAAGAGAAAAGCAUUGAUUUGUGAAGUGUGGACAUAAGUGAUUAAGAAUAACCUGUAGUAAAUUCAUUUGAAUUGUAGAACUUCAGGACCAUCUGUUGCUGGCCUGGAAACUACAUACACUGGAGGCAAUGGAUUCUCGACAUCCUACAACAGUCAGAGAUGGUUAAAUCUUUAUUUGUCAGCUUGUAAAUUUCUGGAUUUAGCCUUGGCAUUGCCCUCUGAAAAUCUUCCUCAGUUUCAGAUGUAAGUACACUUUAUCUCAUUCAAAUCCAAGUGUGCCGUAGAAACACUUCAUUGUGAGAAAACCUUCAUAUUUAGGGUGAUGCUUCUCUUUGAGCGGCAAGUAUUUCUUUAUGGACUGUCAAGGCAGGUGCUUUUACAGCCUUCUGCCACCUCACCUUGUGUUAUGGAAGUGAAAAUGUGUCUUAGGUGGCACAGCUCCCCAUCAGAGGAAUGCCCUCCAUAUAGUGUUGGCAGAAAUACGGGAGAAGUAACUUGGUUAGGGGCCUACUCCCUCUCCCCAGUAACCAACAUCAGCCCAUGUGCUAUCUUGUUUCACAGAAUGUUUCUGUCAGGAUGCCCAAGACUGUGUCCCAAUAUGUAUGGCAGGGGUGUGUUUUAUUACCAUUUGGCAAAUAUAUACAAAAGGAAAUCAGAAAGGGCUGGGCAGAGCAGAACAGAGCAAACAAUGCUUUCAAAGUAUUUCUUCUUAGAAGUGGCUUCUGUGAAACAGAUUGCUUUUUAUGCAUCUAAUUUUACUCCCAUGGAUCUUGGUUUUUCUUAGCAGAUUUUGUCUACAUAAAGACCUGCCUGGAUAUAAACUGACUCAACUAGGGAGGGCUGGUGUGUUCUUGCCAAAGAUAACUUGCUGAAUGUGAUGACUUUGUCCUCUUUUUCUUUAACAGGUAUCGCUGGGCCUUUAUUCCAGAAGCUUCUGAUGAUUCAGGGUUGGAGGUGCGAAGACAAGGCACACACCAAAGGGAAUUCAAACCAUACGUAGUACGAUUAGCAAAACUGCUGCGAAAGAGAGCAAAGGUAUUUCAUUUCUCUUUUCAUAAAUUAUUACUACAGAAUUAAUGCAUAUUUUAUAUCAAUGCAUCAAUCACACAUUUAAGCUCUGAUCCAACAGGAGCUGAAAACCAUGUGUGGCAUUAGGUAGGUUAAAUUGGCAACAGCACCUAUCAGGGGUGUGGUUCAGCCUUCAAGCCAACUUGUAUCAGCUGUGCACACAGUGUCUUUAGCCUCUUGAUCAAAACUUAAAAGUCCUGGAGAAUGCCACAUACUUGUGUUCAGCAUGUUGAGGACUCGGGCAGUCAUGCCCCUCAGUGGAGCAGUUUAAAGAAGCUGCCUGCCUGUACCAGGUGGCUGAGGGACGAACAAGCUGCAUCGGCUCCAGUGACUUGCCAAUGAAGCUUGUUCCUCCUUCUGUGAUUUCCAGGCCAGAGGCACUCGACAGUGGUGGUGGUUUUACUUGCAAUAUACCCCCAUCAUGCUCUGGUCCUGGGCAACGUAUUGAUACAUCACCCAGGCCUAGUAGACUAGGGCUGGGAGAUAUCUGCUUUGCAACAUUGCAAUAUACCACCAUAUUGCAAAGCUUAGCUGGUGGUAUAUCAUGUCAGAACAGAGGCAGGGAGGAAGAAGACAGCUGCCAGCCACACAGAGGAUUAGGGUCAUGCGCAGCUUCUGCCUCUGUCAAGGCCGGUGGACAAAGCUGCCACCUCCUCCAGUGCCUGGUACACGGAGCCCUGGCCUCACAAGGCACAGGGUGAAGCUACCACCUCCAGCAGCUGCCCCCUUGGCAUGGGGCGGAGGGCUGUCUCCUCCUCCCAGGAGAAAGAGGUAGCUUGCCCCCCCUGUGCAAAGGCAGCAGUUUCUUUAAACUUCUCUGCUGAGGGGUGUGGGCAGCUACACACCCUCAGCAGAGAAGUUUAAAGAAACUGCCUGUCCAUGGGGUGCAGUGACUGACAUUGCACUCUGGGCGAUGUAUUGAUACAUCACCCAGGCCUAGUAGUGACCAGUGUAAGUGUGCUAAUUUUUGAAGUCUCCUGCAGCAUUGCUUUGUCUUGAAAUUCUCCUCUCCUCUCUUCCCCCGUCCACCACAUAUUAACAGAAAAACCCAGAGGAGGACAGUUCAGGGAAAACACUAAACUGGGAACCUGGCAGCUUACUCCUGACCAUCUGUGCUGUUCGCAGCAUUGAACAGCUUCUGCCUUUCUUCAACGUCCUGAGCCAAGUAUUUAACAGCAAAAUCACCAGCAGAAGCAUUGGUCAUUCAGGGAGCCCCAUGCUUUACCCAAAUUCUUUCCCUACCAAGGAUAUAAAAAUGGAAACUCAAAAGACAUUCUCCAGCAAAGCAAGACAAAAAAUUGAAGAAAUGGUUGAGAAGGACUUUCUGGAAGGUGUCAUAAAAACAUGAAGUGUACAUGGUAAAAUGUUUAUCUUAAGUAAUGUAACUUCAAAUGAAACCACUCCAUCCUUCCAGUUUGUAUAGUUUCCUUUUUCAUACUUUGUAUGUAAUGUAUACUUCAGGGUGUAUUUAAUUUAAAUACCUGUAAAUAAGUUCUGGAUGUGGCCUGAAUCAAGUUGAAAUAUCGCUGGCUCAUAUCGAUUAUGGUGCCUACUAUUAAAUGUACAUUUGUUUUGUCAUCUUGAGGUAUGUCUUUAAGAAAAUUACCAAUACAAGUUGCACAUUUUUUCUAGCUGUGUCUUAUUUUCUGUCUAGAUAUCUAUGCAGCAUCUUACAGGGAGCCACUUUUCUAAUCGAAAGCAUGGAAAAGUGCUAUCUAUCAGAGCAGUUCUGUUACUCAGCACUGCUCCCAACAUUCACUCCUCUCAAUUAACAUUGUUUCUGCCAUGGCAACUUACUGUUCCACAUUUUCAAUUAAGUGACCCUUUCAUAUGGAGUUACAACUACAUUACUUUUAAAUAUAUGGUUCAAAGUUUUUGCAUGUUAAAUUAAAAAAAAAUCCUUCCCUUGCUACUAGUAGGAGCAAAGAGGACACUUAUUCACACAUGCUUUCUUGCAAGGGGCAGAUGAAUGCUGCCUAACUAUGGAAAAAUGAAAAGCUUUGCUUGUCCAACAAUAUAGUUGUCAAAAUUCAAUUUAGUACCUUUGAUUUAAAAAUUACUUAAGAACUACAGUGACCUAAUAAAGUUAACAGAAAUGAC